GUUAUCUAAAGUUACUGAUAAAGCCCUAUGAACCUAAUAAUCAUAACAUCAGCUAUUGCUGAUUAACACAGAGUUAUUUCCAGUUGCACUGAGUCUUGUGAAAGGAGGGGGAGGGAGAAGAGAAGGAGGGGGAGACUGCGAAAAGUGUAUUAUAGAAUGCAGUUUCUUUCCAGAUUGCUUCACAACAUCAAUUGGUGUGGUGUGUAUGCUGCUCCGAUCACUUGCUGUGCCUGUGCACAGUAAAAAUACUAGUGUGAUCAGUUUAUGGUCCUCAGCAGAUACCAUAUUUGUAACAUCCUCUGAUCAGCUACUACUAAAUUUAUUAUAGUUGGACAGAAUAUGCAAGGAAUAGAUAUGUAUGAAAAUCCAAAACCUAAGAAAUACUGUAUCAGAGGAUUACAUGUGGCCAUUAUUGUAGGUUCAGUGGUAGUGGUGGGGUUAGCAGUAGGAUUGGGAGUUGGUCUUACUUAUCCAAGUCCAUGUGCGACUAAUGAGGGUGAGGUGACAAAACCUUCUGUAACCACAGUGCCUACAAGAACUUCAUCAUCUCCAUCUCAACCAGACCAGGAGUUUUGUCCUGCCAAAAAUGACAACUCUGGAGAGUGGAAGGAAUUCAGACUGCCAACUUACAUCAACCCUGUACACUAUGACCUGGAGCUGCAGCCCUUCUUGGAUAAAGACACCUACAGUGGUAGUGUGACUAUCCAUAUCAAUGUAAGUGCAGUGACCAAGCACCUGUGGCUCCAUAUUCGAGAGACCAAGUUAACUGGACAGCCGAAGCUGAGAAAAGCCAGCACCAGCCAAGAAAUCCUUGUCAGCGACUGUUUCCAGUAUACGCUCCAUGAGUAUGUAGUCUUUGAGUCAAGUGAAGAACUGAAAGCUGAUGAGACCUAUCUCUUGACCUUGCAAUUUGCAGGACCACUCAAUGGCUCUCUGGUGGGAUUUUAUAGGACAACCUACGUGGAAAGAGGAAUAAUCAAGUAAUGUAUCAAUAUAAUGUGUUACCCUCUUCUUUGCAUCCUGAUCAUUUCCCCCUGUUUGCCUUUUUCGCUUGAUGCAUUUUUUAAAAUCUAAAAAUGCUUUACUAUUGCAAAGUAAAUAAUCCUGCUGCAGUGAAAUACUUGAUUUACCAAGCAAUUAAUGGUUAACAAUUUGCAUAGUUAACAGGACACAGAUUAAAUUAAUCUUUCACUCAGUUAUCCUUAGAGAAGCUGUUUGAGUACUACAAAUUUAUUUAGCAGUAUCAGACUGGACUAGCAUUCUGUUUUACGAUGAUCUUUAUGUUGGUCAAGUAUAUCUUAAUAGUAGAAAAUCGAACUCAUGUAUGGUGUAAGUGUGAGCCCACAAUCAGGAAAUUUAUACAAAGUACCAAGGGGAUUAGAGUGGGAAUACAUGAAUGAGCCAGAACAUCUGUAAGAGUCAUGCAUUACUAUGUUAAAGCUGAUAAAUGGGUUAUAACAUAUAGGUUAUGACUAUAGAAAGCAAAAUAUUUGUCUAAAGGUUUUAACAAUAACAAACUCGGUAGGCUUUCAAACUUGAAGAGGUUACAAUGUUGAAGCUACAUAGUAAAUGAUAAUAAAGUUUUGAAUGCUGAUCUGUGGCACGGAAAUUGCAGUGGUUUAUAAAUUGUACCUAACUAUAGACAAGUAUUACAAUAUGGAUUCAAUUACAUGUUUGCAUUCUGGAAAUUCCCCAUACACAUGUGUCAGUUAUAAAGCUAAAAUGGAUGUAUCCACAACUUUAAAUAUGUCAUUGAUUUACAUGUCUCAUACGUAGUGAUUUAAGAGCAGUGAUGGACAGCAGGAAUGCAAUAGAUAAGUAUCAUGCAGAAAGUUUUCUUUUUUAUCCCUGGUAUUUAUUUAUUUAUAUUUAUUUAUUUAUUUAUAAAAUAUUUUACCAGGAUGGAUAGCUUGAAAUUUCUCUCUGUUUCAAGUAUGUCCUGGGCCCACAAAACACUGCAUUGUUACAAUAAGGUAAAAUAUAACAUUACAAAAAAGAAAUACUAUAUAUAUAUAUAUAUACAUAAACACAUAUAUAAUUGUAACACAUAACAGGUAAUACAUAUAGUCAACCAUGACAGGUGCAUUGUGUAUUGAGAUAUGUUGCAUAGGUCUCUUAAAAGAUUUUAGAUUGAAUGUAGAUUUCACUCUGUCCAUGAGGUUAUUCCAUAGUUGCGGUGCUCUGUAGGAAAAGGAGGAUCAAGUCGCUUUCUUUUUGUAUUGAUUUAGAUUAAAUAAAGUGCUGGUACUGGUUCAGAGGUUAUAGGAGGUGGGGACAGCCGGGGAGAGCAUUCUACUCAGGUAGGAUGGGAGCUUCCCUGAAAUGCUCUUAUUCACAAGGCUGUAAAGAUGAAGAGUGUCUCAGGAUUCCAGCGAUAGCCAGUUUAGCUCUUUUAACAUGUCACAAUGGUGGGUUAAGUAAUUACAUUCUAGUACAAAGUGGCAGAACGAAUUAUAUAACGUAUUAAGUUUAUUAAGGUGAGUUUGAGGCACUGGGGCAUAUAUUACAUCCCCAUAAUCAAUGACCGCCAUUAGCAUUUGAUGCACUAUCUGUUUCUUUACUGAAGGGCUUAGUCAGGAUUUGUUUCUGCACAGGGCACCUAGGUUUGAGUAAAGUGACACACACGUGACAGGGAGAGGGAGGAAGGCACUAUCAGAAAUGGUCACAUAUUUCGAUUGCUUGAUAAAUAAGAUCGAAACCAGGUUAGUGGACAAUCACCAAUACCUGAGUUUUUAAGUUUUAGUAAAAGAAUGCCAUGGUCUACUGUGUCUAAGGCCUUGGCAUAAACUAACCCAAAUACAUGAAUGAAUAGGGCUGUUUUAGGACAGCCUGUGAUAAAAUAUUUAGUUGUACAACACUGGCAUAAGAUGAGAAGUCAUGUAAUCAACUGCCCAGUGACAUAAUGAAAAAUCUCUCAUUAUCGUCCGAUUUCUUGUGAAAACUAUUUUCUUAGCCUGACUUCCAAAGUGAUAACCCAGAACAGUAACCGAAGAAAACAUCGUAUUCUCUGCAUUCUUCUAAAUUAGCCAUGACAUAAUUUUCUGCCUAGCCGGUACCAAAACCUUCUUAACUUAAGGCACCUGACAAUAAAUAGAUGUGGAAGGGACUUGAAAUUUUGUUCCAGAACAUUGAAAGGACAUGCAUAUUUGUUUAAAACAAACACUUUUAUACAAAUAUACAAACCAAAAUAAAGCAUGAAAAAUGUUAAAAGUAUGUGAUAAACAUCUAUUUCAUCAGCCCCUAAGUUCUUACCCACCAAUCUAAUUUUUAGACCAGUAUGACAGACACAGUCAGUUCUGUAAGUAUCCACUCAUUGUGCAGUAGCAGAUGAGAGAAACCCAGUAUUGGAGCCUGCUCUGCAUGACCACACUGAUCAGACUCCCUUUUCUCCCCCUGUCAAGAUGUCGCAAGAUGAAGUGAUACAGCAUGUGCAAAUCUGUUAGACAUGCCCAAUGCACUUUACCAGCAUUCCUAGGGAUAGGACACUGAUUGGUUAGAUCAGUGCCCCCUGGAGUAAGUGUGGAAAGCAUAAAAAAGAAGAAGCAUGUAAAUAAGCAUAACAUCUUAUAUACCUGCUCUUUUUAGCCUGUAGAGUGGGGCAACUGUCUCACUGAUGAUGACAGUAAUGCAUGCCUCUUUAACAAGUUUACUUCCUCUAGCCAUUUAUCUAAUGUUCUAUCAACGUGCUACAUUUGUCAUACUAUACAGAUACUGGUUCUUGGCCUAAAUGCAUGCUACUCCAAGCUGUAACCAGGGCCUGUGCAAUGAUUUCUGCCAACCUAGGCAAAGAUCCAUUUUUCCACCCCCUCAUGUCACUGACAGACACACACUGGCAGACACACACACUCACUGACAGACGGACAGACACACAUUCACUGACAGACAUACACUCACUGACAGACAUACACUCACUCACUAACACACAGACACUCACUGACAGACACACACUCACUGACAGACAUACACUCACUGACAGACAUACACUCACUCACUGAAAGACAUUCACUGACAUACAUAUACUCAUUCACUGACAGAUACACACACAUACAGACACUCACUGACAUACACACACUCACUUACUGACAGACACACACACACACAGGCAGACACUCAUUGACAGACAGGCACACACACACUGACGGUCAAACACUCACACACUCACUGACAGACACACACAGGCACAGGCAGACACUCACUGACAUUAACACAGUAAAGGAGUUUAAGCAUGCGUGGGAUAGGCAUAAGGCUAUCCUAACUAUAAGAUAAGGCUAGGGACUAAUGAAAGUAUUUAGAAAAUUGGGCAGACUAGAUGGGCCGAAUGGUUCUUAUCUGCCAUCACAUUCUAUGUUUCUAUGACAUACAUACAUACACUCACUUACUGACAGACACACAAACACCUACAAACACACUCACUAACAGUCAAACACUCACACACUCACUGAUACACAGACUCAGACAUCCAGCCUCCCUACCUCCCUGGGGUCUAGUGUGCGGCAGCUCCCCACUCCUCUAGUGCUGUUUAGUAUGCUGGGGCCGGAAUAACAUCAUAUUCCGGCUCCCAGCAUCACAGAGGGCGCGCAAGGGAGGAGUGGGGAGCUGCAAGAAGAGCCUCAUUGUCUGCGUCCUCUCCUCUGGCAUUCAUUGGCAAAGCAGGCACCUGCCAUCAGGGUAAGUAGGUGCCUGCUCUGCCAUACUAAAGGAAAGCAUCGAGGGAGCCCUGAGGUGGCCAAAUGGCCCCCUCUUGGGCCCCCUGUGACAGGGCUCCUCUCGACACCCCCAUUUUUGGGCGCCUGGAGGAUCGGCCCAGCGCUGAGGGGGGGUGCUCUAGAGCCGCUGAACCAGCGCUGCGGCCCAGGACAGGGUAAGCCCACCAGAAAAUAUCCCAGAGGUUGCGCCGGUCCUGGCUAUAACAUUAGGCCAUUUUCAAAGAAAUGGCAAUAUACAGGUCUACAAGUCUUUCUCCUGAUUUACCAGUUUUAUUCACUAAGCAGGAAUACUUUGAACAUGUGUUUCUAUUUUAGACAAUCAGCAAAACAAUAUAAAAGGGUAUUGAAUUAAAUCAUUGUUUGUUUCUCCAAUCCAAAAAAGCAAUAUAUAUAGAGAGUGUUUAGAAUAUUUUUUAAAACUACUAAAUCUGGCAAAAUGCAUCAAAACAAUUCAAUAUACUCUAAAUGAAGAACAAUGAAACUAUGAGAUGAAAUCCGAGAACUAACUUUGCUUCUUUAGCACUUAUCCAUUUCAGGAAAGUUAGGGGCCUCAUUUAUUUUGUUUACUUUAAUCAUGUUGGAGAUGAGAAAGCUCUUUUGUUAGUGUCAGCACAGACACAGCUGUCAAAGUGUCUGAGAUUCCACGAUAAUUAAACCUGUCAUGUUCUGCUUAUAUUUAUAUAGUAGAGAAACAAAGAAACAUUUGCAGUAAUGAUUUUUUUGGAAACGUAGAACAUUGAAAAUGUGCAUCAAUAAGGUUUGAAAAUAAGUAAUAAUUGAAAUAAUCCAAUUUAGUACUUAAAUCGAUAACACCAACCAGUAUACAUCAUCAAAUGAUACAAAAGGUGAUUUUAAUGUUAAAAAAAAACAAAAGCAAGGUUUAAAAAGUGAUGUCAUAAUCAUGGGAACAAAUGUAAAGUUCCUGUUUGGUCCACUUUACGGAUUUUGCCCUAUUAGAAAUAUCAAUUUGUAAAUGGCACAGAUGUUAACAGGGUUAUGCACUAAAGUGAGAGUUCAAAGUGAAUUUCAAAUUCUAGGCCAAAGUAGCUGAACUGGAAGCAUAGCUGAAUUCUUCAGUUCAGCUAGUGUAUGUUGGGCUUAAAUGUGAAAUUUGCUGAAUUCACUUUGAAUUCUCACCUUAAUGAUUUACCCUGCAAGACAAAAACAAUGCAAACCCAGUGCAUUAAUACAUCUUUAGAAGCAAAAUAAAAACAGUAAUCAUUAUUGCAUAAUGCAAUUUAGCAAUUCUCAGUUUAUUGGUGCAAAGGAUGCUGAUAAUUUACUAAUAUAUAAGGUGUACAUAGUUUUCUUAAAAAAAAAAAAAAAAUCGAUAGAGUUUGCCUGCAUAUGUCUCACAGACAAGAGGGAGAGGAUACAAUAAGGCUUAUAUGAGGAGCAGUCAGUAGACAAAUGUUGACAUUACAUGUAUAUGUACAAUAGAAGAUAGAAAAGUUUAAGUAGUCGUUCAUCAUAUCCUUAAUCAAUUAUGUAUCAUUUAUCAUAAGAGUGACCAAUACAACAUAAUAUAUUUCUUCAAAGCUUAAGACAAUGAUGUGUUUGGCAGAGGAAAAAAAGAUAGAGUGCAGUGUAGAGUAAAUAAAUAAUUUGGAAAAAAUUGCACUUUACACAACUAAGUUUAUUUUCUUAAAACAAUAUAUUGCAAGUAUAUGUGUUUUGUAGUUUGUUUUUACCCUUGGGGAGGUAACAUUAGAAAGCAGUGGAGGGGAGCUGGGUGGUAGGUUUGAAAACAAAAACUAGCAGAACUGGGCGAAAACUGUUCUCUCUCCAUUAGAGACCAAUUUUAGACAAACAUAAAUUUGGCUGGUGGUAAAAUGCGACUGGCAUCCGGUGUGGAACAGCACUGGUCCAUUAAGGGGGUUCGUUAAGUGGUGCUGCAAAUGUAUGUGUGUGCAGAAGGUGGGGGCGUACAUGUGAGGAGGGUGAGUGAAACGUGAAGUAAAUUUGAAAACAAAGAGUGAGCAAUUGUCUUCCCCACUCCUUUUCACCUCAGUGCUGUCCCAGUUAUCUCCUGGUUGGUGACAAGACACCACAACAUAAAGUGUGGAGCAUAUCUGCAGAUGGGGAAGUGUUUGUGUGGGGCUUUAUAGGUGCAUUUGUGAGGCAGACAUCGGCAUGUGACAUAAUGCCAAAUAUGGGUUUGUUAAAGAUGCUGACUAAGCAGCCGUAGAAAAGAAACAAUUGUGGAGCAUGGAUCAGUCCCAAAAUUUCAAGUAGGCAGAGCAGGCAACUGCCUAUAGAUAUCUUUCUACUAGGGGUACAUACCUUAAAUACUAAUGUAGAAUUUUCCCUUUAGCUAUAUUUACUAUAAAUUUCCAUUUUAUGAUGUGGUAAUUUCUCCAAAUCAUGGAGUAAGCAACAAAAAACAGUUUUUCUUGGGGUGGGGGGAUAGACAUGGGCGUCUGCAGGAAUUUGUCCGGGGGAGGGGGUGGCAUAAUUGUAAUGACAUCCAUGCUUGGCCCCUUUUUGACAGUGUCAUGAAGGGGAGGAGCAAAAUCAUUAUCACAUAAAGCCAGAGUGUCAGGAAUACAUGUUUGUUUUCUUGACACUAUAGCGUUUCUUUAAUCAAAUUAAAGGAACAUUCUGGUCAUCAUAACAACUUCAUCUAAAUGAAAAUGCUAUUAUGGAAGGAGACCCCUGGGCGCUCUCUUUCCUUUAAUGGGUGAAACCGCUCUCACCUUACAAGGAAAAAAAAAAGGUUAAAGGAACUUAACAUUAUAGCUUCGAGGAAAGACGAGACAGGGGGGAUAUGAUAGAAACAUUUAAAUAGAUAAAGGGAAUCAACACAGUAAAGGAGGAGACUAUAUUUAAAAGAAGAAAAACUACCACAACAGGAGGACAUAGUCUUAUAUUAGAGGGGAAAAGGUUUAAAUAUAAUAUCAGGAAGUAUUACUUUACUGAGAGGGUAGUGGACGCAUGGAAUAGCCUCCCAGCUGAAGUGGUAGAGGUUAACACAGUAAAGGAGUUUAAGCAUGCGUGUGAUAUGCAUAAGGCUAUCCUAACUAUAAGAUAAGGCCAGGGACUAAUGAAAGUAUUUAAAAAAUUUGGCAGACUAGAUGGGCCGAAUGGUUCUUAUCUGCCAUCACAUUCUAUGUUUCUAUGUUUCAAAUGGUUUAACCCCAAAGGCUUCCUCCAGCUCCAGAUCUCCAGGUCGCUCAGUGGUAUUCAGAUUCUGAAACGGAGUGUCAGGAAGUGCAGAUUGACAUCAGGCAUGGGUGCCUCUGAUUGGCUAGAGUCACCUGAUGCUUUAAGCCAAUCGCUAGUUCCCGAUUCAUAAAAAUGUUUUACGUUUGUAUGAAUGGGGAGCUACUGACUGGCUUAGAGUGCCAGCUGACCCUCUAGCCAAUCAGCAGCACCCCUACCCAGUGGCCCUUUGUGUUUCCGGACACUAAAAGUAAAACACAUUAAUAAAAGUGAACACAUUAACACUGAUAUUUUUUUACCUGGGGAGAUGAGAAGGUCCAAAGUUUCCCUGCCAGGCCCAGGUACGCCUUAUGAUGUGGUGUCCAGAAUGAAGUGGAGGGAUCACUGCACUUGUCCUUCCUGCUCCAAUCUCAUUUUCUUCUCCUUCAUUUGACAGUCUUCUUUUUCUUCUAACACGGUCUUCUCUCCUCCUUGGCUCCUUCUGCUCCUUUACCUUUCUGCUACUUUCUGCUUUUUUUGCACCCUUCUGCUUCUUUCUCUUUUUGAUCCCUUUCUGCUCCUUGCAGACCCUUCCUUCUCAUUGCAGGCCCUUCCAGCACCCUGCUGUCCCUUCCUGCUCCUUGCUGCACCCUCCAGCUUCUUGCAGACCCUUCCUGCUUCUUGCAGCCCCUUUCUGCUCCUUGCUUCGCCCUCCUGCUUCUUGCAGACCCUUCCUGCUCCAUGCUGCCCCUUCCUGCUUCUUGCUGCUCAUUACUGUUCCUUUUCCUACUUUACCUUUGUGCUCAUUCUGCCCCUUCCAGAUCAUUGUUGACCCUUUCUGCUCCUUGAUUUCCCUUCUUGCUCAUUUCUGUUCCUUCUCCUUUCUGCUCCUUCUCCUUCUUUACCUUUGUACCUUUGUUCCUUCUCCUUUCUGCUCCUUUUUAUUCUUUCUGCUACUUUACCUUUGCACUCCUCCUGUCCCUUCCUGCUCCUUUCCCUACUUUAAACAUAGAAUGUGACGGCAGAUAAGAACCAUUCGCCCAUCUAGUCUGCCCAAUUUUCUUAAUACUUUCUGCUCCUUCUGCCGCUUUCAGAUCAUUGCUGACCCUCACUGCUCAUUGAUGUCCCUUCCUGCUAAUUUCUGUUAUUUUUCCUUUCUACUCAUUCUCCUACUUUACCUUUGUGCUCCUGAUUCUUUCUGCUCCUUCACCUUUUUGACUCCUUCUGUCCCUUCCUGCUCCUUGCUGCACUUUCUGCUCCUUUUAGACACUUUCUGUUCCUGCUACUACUUUACCUUUGUGCUCCUUCUGAUUCUUUCUGCUCCUUUACCGUUGUGGUCCUUGCUGCCCCUUCCCGCUCAUUUCUGUUUCUUCUCCUUUUUCCUCAUUUUCUUACUUUACCUUCCUGCUCCUUGCUGUUCUUUUUUGCUCCUUCUCCUACUUUACCUUUGUGCUCCUUCUGAUUCUUUCUGCUCCUUUACCGUUGUGCUCCUUCUGUCCCUACCUGCCCCUUUCUGCUCAUUGCAGAACCUUCCCGCUUCUUGCUGCCCCUUCCUGCUUCUUUCUGCCCCUGCCAGCCUCUUGCAGCCCCUUGCUGACCCUUUCUGUUCCAUGUAGACCCUUUCUGUUUCUUCUCUGACUUUACCUUUGAGCUCCUUCUGAUUCUUUCUGACCCUUCCUGCUCCUUGCUGCCCCUUCUUUCUCCUUGCUGCCCCUUCCUGGUCCUUGCAGACCCUCCCUGCUCCUUGCUGCCUCUUCCUACUCCUUGCUGACCCCUCUUGCUCCUUGCAAACCCUACAUACUCCUUGCUGACUCUCCUGCUCCUUGCAGACCAUUCCUACCCCUUCCUGCUUCUUGCUGCCCCUUCCUACUCCUUGCUGAUCCCUCCUGCCCCUUGCAGACCCUUCCUACUGCUUGCUGACCCCUCCUGCUUCUUGCUGACACUUCCUGCUCCUUGCUGCCCCUUCCUGCUCAUGUCUGCUCCUUCUACUUUACCCUUCUGCUCCUUGCAAACAUUUCAUACCCCUUCCUGCUUCUUGCUGCCCCUUCCUGCUUCUACCUAUUUCUUGCUGACCCCUCCUGCCCCUUGCAGAACCUUUCUGCUCAUUUCUACUCCUGCUACUUUACCUUCCUGUAGGCUUUCUCCCCACCCAUGCCUCACUUACCUGAUCUGUAGGCUGCCCUCCCAUCCCUCACUCACCUGAUCUGUAGACUGCCCCCCAUCCCUCACUUACCUGAUCUGUAGGUGCCCCCCAUACCACCUCUAAUGACCCAGGCUGCUCCCCCAAUGUCUCACUUACCUGAUCUGAAGGCUGCCCACCCAUGCUCACUUACCUGAUCUGGGCUGUCCCCAUGUCCUCACCUUACCUGAUCUGUAGCUUCCCUACCCCCAUGCCCACUAAUCCGGAUCUGCAGGCCGCCCCUGCAGGUUUGUAGCUUCAUCCCCGCCUUUUCUUGCAUUCAGGCUGCGUAUUCUCACACUGAAACGGUGUCAGCAAUGCUGAAAAUCCGAUUGAAAGAGGUGAUUGAGAAUUCUGAGCCCACAGAGAUGUAAAUAUAACCAUUGUUUGACUACUUACCUUGGGAGCAAACCUGGCAGCAUACCCACUAUACCCUGUUGCAGUUGUUACAUUGCUUGGAGUGUUCCUUUAACUUCUUGUCUCUAUCUUCAUUUUCUGAUUAACUGUGGAUUACUUCUACUUAUUUCAAAUUUCAAUUACAAAUUUUUUGCACAAAAUAAUAUCAGUUACUAACAAUACCGUCUUACAGUAGCAGACUACAUAAACGGCAGAAUUUAACAAAAAUAAAAGGCACUUGAACACCUUAAGGAUGGAUGCAAUUGUCCAACUCGUGAAAACAAAACAGAAUUGGUGCUAUGUGUUUGUUCCAUUAUUAUUUAAGGGUUUCUCUUUAACUGCAGCUGGACAUAUUAUAUAUUGUUAAUUAAAGGACAGAAAUAACCUUCACUUAAUAUUCCAUACGCAUGAAUUAACAGUAACAUAUUAAAUGAUUUAAAAAGUAACAUUUUACACAAUUUUGCUUAUAAUUAUUUUUACACUUCAAGUGCAAAUAGGGAAAAAGAAAUCAAAAUAGAUUUACAUAUCUGUCCUGGCUGUUAAAUGUCUUAUAUGUCUAAGUUUGAAAUACAUUUUUGGUAUUUAAUGCCAACUCUAUACAUAUCCUAGAAUCUAAAUCAAACCUAGCUCUAACUCUUUGCGUACUCUAACCGUACACCUACACUAACCUUAACUCUACAUUAUCCCUAACACAACAUCAAACCUUAAACUACACAAACACUAACCCUACACCAACUCUUACCAUACUCUUGCACAAAUGCUAACCCCAACGGUAACUAUAGACCUAACAAUACUGACAUCAGCAGAAAGAUUAUCCAGCUUGCACUGUGAGCCCUCUGUACUUUUUAAUUGCAGUAUGAGAGGGAGAUCAGGUGACAUGCAGGAAGAAGACCAUAAUGGAGGAGAAAUGAUUGAAGUGAAAUAAGUUAAUUGAUGGCUAAGGGACAGCCAGUAAAUGGUGAUUUAUUCAUGGAUUAAGUGGGAAGUUAUUAAUAGGUGGGCGAUGCGGGCUUUGUUCACAUGGUGUUUUAGUUUGGAUGAAUUUCAUCCAUGCAAUUGUUUCCAGAAGACUAAUCCAGAAUGUGACGGACCGCCUGGCACCCCGACUGGGUGCCUCUGCCAAUCGAUGCUCCUAGUGCUCGCCGUCCUCCACCCACCCUGGACCUCAGACCAGGAUCCAGCUUCCACUGGGUGAACCUCUCCUACUCCAGGUAUAGCAGGAACAGCUCUUAUAUGAGCUAGUGAUUAGAACCCAGGGGAGUGUGGGUUACAGCACGAGUACAGCAAUCCCCAGAGUGAAUAAAGAUGCCCCCUCCAUUCAUAAGACAAGGCUCUAUGUUGAGGGCCAAGAGGAACUGAUUUAAUGAUUUUAUGACAAUCCCCAUAGACCUUGUUUGAGACUACAACACAAAGUCACAAACCAAUAAUAACAGAGUUAUACUGCAUAACACUCCCACACAUAGCAUACAAUCUCUCCCCUCUGCACAUAACAUCCCCACAAAUGUUACAUCCCCUGAUAGCCCUGAUCUGUUUGACCAACAUAUAGAAAAAGCACCCAGAUCAGUUCAGGGGUUCAGGAAUUCUAUGGACGUCACAUUUUGACCAAAAGCAGGCAUGGUCCCAUGCCCAAAACAGUUCCCGAGAAUCAGGCUGUGCGGUCGGUCCACUUUGGGAAUUUGAAGCAGAAUACAAAACACCGAACUUAUAAGUUCGGGAGUAGGCUCAGUCUAUGUUUCUGGUUUGGGAGCUUAUUCCCACCGAACGCCAUUCAACUGCCGUUCGAAUAACGAACCUCCGUGGAAGGUAGGUGUUUAGCGGUGUUCGCGCCACUCGACGACCAAACACCGCUCAGUGUGCUCGUGGCUUAAGAUGGCCGCCGCCACCUGUUCGAAUGCCGCUUCAAACCGCUUCAGGAGUUCGAGAGUUCGAAGUGCCACUUCGAACAGCUUUGGGAGUUUGAAGUGUCACUGAGUAAAUAAUGUCAGAAGUCCAAAAGGCACAAACAGUUUUAUCACAGGGGCCCAUGGGUCAGUUUCACACUAGGGACCUGUCACGUGCGUGGGCUAUAGACCCAGCCGAGACAGUGGGGAGAGUGUGGAAGUGACAGGGUUAAUGACACCAGACCCCUGGUUACCUGUUGCUAGUCCCAGCAACCACUCAAUUAACCCCUGCAAUCCCUUCUACACUAUCCCCCUUAGUACUACUGCCACCACCAAGACUUUUAAACCUGGGCGUCUUAGGUUACCCCACACACAGGAGAAUUAUAGUAUCACAGUUCUACUUUUACUGAUAAAACAUAUAUAGUUAACCCCUUUUGGUAACGUGUUUACCUGAGCUUUCCUCUGGAGAGUGAAGCUCAUAGAGAACAGAGACACAAGCUGAUUAAGUAAACAUUUAAUCUGACAAAAAGGAUUCACAGUGCUGAGUACAAAAUACAGAAAUAAAUGACAUACAGAUAACAAAUUGCAAAACAGUACAUAAAAUAAAAUAGGAGAAAACACAAGAAAUUCCUUACAUAUAUUUACCCCAUAUAGAAUUCUUGUGGGAGUCUUAGAUGGUAUAGAUCUCCUAGAAGUUACUGACAAAAGAAAAAUGAAUAACUGACUUCCCUGGAUAGUCCAACACCCUCAUAUAUCUAAACUAGUUGUUUCUCAGUGGGCAGACCCCUGGGGCUGGUCUGGCAGUCUAUUGCCCACUCUAUGAAAUUCCUUGUGUCCAGCUCUGGUGAUGGCUAUCUAGAUGUUUUAUGGUCUAGGCCUGGUGCAAGAUCAAAGACCACAAUAAAUGUCAUCCCAAGGUUUACAAAAAAAACUACUCUUAACAUAUAUAAACACACAUCAAACACCAACUCAUGCUUUUGGCAUGACAGGACCCAUGGAUUGUGUGUACGCCACUGGUCACAGGGUAGGAGGCUGGAAAAUAGGCCCCUCCAAGAACCAGCGGGGAGGUUACUUUCGCCACACAGAAUAACCAAAAUGGUACAAAAAGUUGUACUACAAAAUACAAAAUAUUUAUAUUAUAUAAUUAUAUCUAAUUUCCAGUACAUUAAUUUUCUUCACAAGUGAAGUAAGAAGGAACCAACAGAAGGGAAAAAAGAAUAUUAAAAAGAUAUAUAAAAAUCUAUAUUUAUAUAUUUAUUAAAUAUAUAUUAUUGUUACAAAAUGCCUUUUGCAACUGUUAUUUUAUGUGACAAAUGGCCCUGCUUCCCUGGGUUAUGGAGAAGCCUAAUUGCCAGCCUCCUUCCCCAUGACCAUGGCCCUGGUGUGUGUGGCCCUUUAAGAACCGCCUGGGGACAUAUUGAGACUUUUGGGAACAAUGCCCCUUUAAGACUGUGUCCCCAGCCCCCUAAAAUACUUUGUUCGUAUCCUUUUCCCACUUGGUUCAGUAAAUGGGGCUUACUGAACCUAGUACUGCACAGGCGAACCACACAGAAGUGGAAGCGUGCGGCUAAUUUACCUCGCAGGCUGGGAGGUUGCUGUAGGUAAAUUGCCGACCGCUGGGUGGCCGCCGUUUGUACAAACAAACACGUGGCGGCGGACAUCUUUAUUUAGGCAAAUGCGGUCAGCAGUGUGUGCAGCCAAAUCUCCAUUGCCAUUUUUUUUUUUUUUUUCAUUUCAAAGUCUUUAUUAUCAAAAUUUUUCAUACAAACAGAGUUGUACAUUGAGUUAACAUAGAGUAAAUAACAUAAUGAGCAGAACAUGGUGUCAUGUUGUGGAGCCAAGGUAGUGUGAGAAAUGUCGUUGGAAGAAUUCUUCCGGGUCGCAAGGUAUGAUGUCCACAUUCCAUUAUGCACUUAUGGGUUAGUUCUGAGCAUUAAACAAUAUUCAUCAGUGAAUUUUCAAACAUUUAACAUUGUGCAUUAACUUCACUCUGGCUGGUCUUGUCUAACUUAUUUGUGUCAGGUAGGUUAUAGAGAUCUUAGAGGCGUGAAAGAAGGAGAUAAAUAAAUUGAGUUAGUUUUGAUUGUGUCGGGGUCGUACCGGUUGUGGUGGGGUCGGUAAGUAUAGGUUCCAGUCUGGGUGCUGUGGGUUCACAGACCAGGUGUUGCUGGUUGAUUUGCCAUAGUAAAUGUGAUUCAACCUCCUAAUUUAUACUUUUGUGAAACCACUAAGUCCCACUAAAUUGUGUCCAGCCAGAGUUGUCAAACUAUAAAGGGAGUGGAAGGGGGGGGUGGGGAGGGUGUAGGCUUUUUAAGUAAGUUAGUUGGGAGUUGGUGUUCUGGAGGUCUCAUCAGUUUUUAGGAAGUGUAGCCACGGGCUCCAGGUGCGUUCAUAGGUGUUGUAUGAGUGUGACCUCGAGUAGUGUAUUUCUUCUAAAAGGCGUAUGGAGUCAACCUUAUUGAUCCAUGUCCGGAUGGUGGGCGCUUCUGAUUUUUUCCAGUGGCUGGGGAUGAGGGCGUUUGCCGCUGUGAGAAGGUGGCUGGUUAGGGGUUUUGUGUUCUUGGGAACUGAUGGGGGGAGGAGGAGGAAGAGUACAAUUUCUGGGGAUUGGGGUAGUUGUACGUUGGUGAUGGUGUGAAUCAUCUUAAUGAUUUUGGACCAGUAAGUGCGGAUGACUGGACACGUCCACCAUAUGUGGCUUGGGGUUCCCUGGGGGUGUUGGCAUCUCCAGCACUGCACAGAAGCAUUCGGGAAGAUUGCGUGUAUUUUGGAAGGAGUAAGGUGCCACCUGGAUAGUCGUUUAAAGUUCCCUUCCUGUGUGUGCGUGCUCAUGCUUGUUUUGUGUAUAUUGGAAAACACGUGUUUCCAGUCUGAUUGUGUUAGGGAAAGAUUGAGAUCGGAUUCCCAGGCUUUUGUGUAUUUGGGCAGGACGGGCGAUAUUUCCGUUUGCAUCAGUUUGUAUAGGGAUGAGAGGUGCUUCGUUUUGAUAUCGCUGGAGACACAGUGUUGUUCAAAUGAGGUGAGUUGCCGGUGUCCCUGGAGGAUAUUGGGGGUGGUUGAUAGGAAGUGGGCGAGUUGAGAGUGGCGGAAUUUUUGUAGGGUCGUAGGUUGCGUAUCUUCCCAGAACGCGUUAGGGGGUCUAAUUCCUUGGUCGUCAAGUAGGGUGCGUAAUUGCAGGUAGUGGGUGUGUGGGAACGCAGCAAAGGAGGAAGGGGAGAGGCCCGGCGUGAAGUCCGGGUUGUAAGUCAGUGGAUAGAGGGGAGAUGGGUGGGGGGAUAUGCCUAGUUUAUUUCUUAUUUGUGACCACACUUUAAGGGUGGGUAUGAUUGUGGGGUGUUUUGUGUGAGCUUGCAAGAGGGAGAUUGUCCCUGUUCUUUGCCACGGGAUAGUGAGGAGGGGAUGUUGAAAGGCAGAUUUUUCAAGGAUCACCCAAUGUUUGGGGUUGUUGGGGAUGGUCCAUUCGUAUACUCUGUGUAACAUAGUAGCCUUGUAGUAUAGUUCUACGUCUGGGAGGCCUAGGCCCCCGUGGAGUUUGUGGCUUGUAAGAGUGUUGUAUGUGAGCCUAGGGGGAGAAUGCGACCAUAUAAAGCGGGUGAAGGUCUUCUUAAUGUCGUUGAAAAAGGAUGUCGGUAGUGCAAUGGGGAGGGUUUGGAGAAGAUAUAAAAGUUUGGGGAGGACAUUCAUUUUGAUAAUAUUAAUGCGGCAAAGCCACCCGAAGUGUGGUUUGUGCCACUUGGUCAGGUCCCGAGAAAUAGUCUGUAGCAGUGGUGGGAAGUUUAGGUCGUAUAAAUCUGUGAGAUGGGUUGGUAGGUGUACUCCCAGGUAUUUGACAUCCCUGGGCGCCCAGAGGAACGGGAGGGAGUUUCCAAGGGUGGAUUUGGUGGAGUUGGCGAGGACUAGGGGGAGGAUUUCGCUUUUCGUAUAAUUGACUUUGAAGUUGGAGACCCUAUGGUAGGAGGUGAUUUCCUGUAGGAUUUGUGGCAUAGAAUUCAGCGGUUGUGUAACAGCAGGUCAUCAGCAAAAGCUGCUAUCUUGUAUUCAUGAUUUUGCACCUUAAAACCGUGAAUGGCCGGAUUGUCUCUAAUCCCUUGAAGGAAGGGUUCCAUGAUGAGUACAAAAAGGAGUGGUGACAGCGGGCACCCCUGUCUCGUGCCAUUGGUGAUUGGGAAUGGGUCGGAUAGAUGGCCAUUUACUCUAAUGCGUGCACGCGGCCUAGAGUAUAUAGAGCGUAGCCAUUGUAGCCAGUGGGGGCCGAAGCCAAUUGCCUCCAUUGUGGCGAACAUGAGGGACCAGUCCACCCUGUCGAACGCUUUUUCAGCGUCGAUCGCUAAUAGUAGGCUCUGUGUGUUCGAUCUGUGGGCUAGAUGUAUUAAGUUGAGCAGCUUAGUGGUAUUGUUUUUGGCUUCCCGUGCGGGCACAAAGCCGGCCUGGUCAGGGUGGACUAGCCCCUGUAGGAGGGGGCGGAGACGGUUGGCGAGAAUCUUGGCAAAGAGUUUGAGGUCGUUGUUAAUGAGGGAAAUUGGGCGGUAGCUUCCGCAGAGGGAAGUGUCUUUCCCGGGUUUUGGGAUGAGUGUAAUGUGUGCCUCAAGUGUGGAGUCUGGUAGGGAAGGGGAGGUGAUCAGGGAAUUAUAUGCUGUCACGAAGGGAGUGGCGAGCAGGUCUGAAAACGUCUUAUAGUAUUUGGUAGUGAAGCCAUCUGGGCCAGGGCUUUUCCCUAGGGGAGAGGUGCGUACAAUUUGAAGGAAUUCAUCUAUGUGUAUCGGUUCCUCUAGGUGUUGUAGGAGGUUGUUGGGUACUGUCUGCUUGAUUCGGGGAGCAAGGUAUUGCUCCAGUUCGAGUCUAGAUGGUGGGGUUUUACGUAUGUUAUAGAGGUCGGCAUAGAACUCUUGGAAGGCUUUGAGUAUAUCCGGGAGUUUAUGGGACGUGUCUCCUGAUGGUGUUUUGAUUUUGGAUAUGAAGGUGGAUUGUUUCGUGUCGCGGAGUGCGUUGGCUAGAAGGCGUCCGCAUUUACCGCCUUGGGAGUAGUAUGAGUGUUUAGUAAAAAGCGUCUGCUGUUUGAAUUUGGCGUUGGUAAUUUGUUGGAGUUCUGACCUUUUCUCAACGAGUAGUUUGUAUGUGUCUAAUGCGUUAUUACGUUUGUGGGAGUUUUCCAGGGUUCUAAUUUCAGUUAGUAGUAGGGUGGCUUUCUCGGUGCGUUGUCUUUUGAGUUUGGAGGCCAUCGCUAUGAGGUGGCCCCUGAGGACACAUUUAUGUGCCUCCCAUAGGAUGGUGGGUGACGUGGAGGGGUGAGCGUUUUCUUGGAAGUAUUGCGAGAUAGUGGUACGGGCUUUAUCAGUGACUUCAGUAUUGUUUAGCAGUAGGUCGUUCAGUUUCCAAUGAAAGGAUUUUGGUGGCAGGUUAGGGAUGCGAAUGGCAAGAGACAGGGGUGCGUGGUCUGACCAUGUGAUGGGACCAUAGUCACAUGAUUGCACUAAGUGGAGAAACCGGUGUUGUGUGAAUAGCAUGUCGAUGCGUGAGUAUGUUUUAGUUGCGUGUGAGUAGAAUGAAUAGUCUCUGGCCGUGGGGUGUGUGGUGCGCCAGAUGUCGAAGAGGCGUGUGUCAUCUAAAAGCGAGGUGAUUCUUCUCCUGGCAGUGGAGUGGUAGGAAGAGGCCGUGGAUGUGGUGUCCAAUGUUGUGUCGAGGGAAAUAUUAAAGUCGCCUCCAAGGAGAAGAAUACCCUCUGUGAAUCUCUCCACCAUGUGGAGAUAUUUGCUAAGUGAUUUGCCCUGUCUUCUGUUAGGGAGAUAUAGGUUGACUAGUGUGAUCGUGGUGCUGCCGAUUUGUCCUUUGAGCAUAAGUAGCCGCCCAGAGGCCGUGGUUUCGUGGGUUUUAUAUAUAAACGGAGUGUUGGCAGCUAUUAAUAUGGCCACUCCUCUCGCUUUGGAGUCUGAGUAAUUGCUAAAAUAGCCUGUGGGGUAGCGCUUGUUAUGGAGCGUGGGUGCUACACCUUCUUUGAAGUGAGUUUCCUGAAGGAAUGCUAUGUCUGCGUGCUGAGCCUGGAGUUCUGAUAGCACUUGUGAGCGCUUUUCGGGGAGAUUGAGGCCUCUUGCGUUUAGAGAGAUUACUCGUAGAGUGGCCAUGUCUUUGGGAGGGGGGGGGGGUGGAAGGUCUUUGAACUCGGACCUUGGGGGAGGGGGGGGGGUUAAACAGUAAAAUACUAACUAUUUACAAAUAAGGAAACACCUGUUUAGCGAGUCCUUAUAGAGUUAUGUGUUUCCAGGACAACUGGUAGCGAUGGCAACGGUCCUCGGGUAUUUACAGGUGAUAGCCGGGGAUUGUUGUAGUUGCCUCUCUACUGGGGUGGUUUUCCAGUAUUGAUUACUCAGUUGUUGAGAAAGUACCCGACGUCUCGGGUAAGGGGGGGGGGGUGUAUGCCUGUGUGAAGAGUGUAGUUUGUGGAGGGGGGGGGGCAGAUGGGAUCUCUGCGUGUGAGAUGAGAGAUUCGUCCGAGCGGUCGGGGGUGGGGAAUCCUCUGUGGUAUGGAAGAAAGUCGUAGAUGGGCUGGGGAUCGUGGACCCUUAGUCAUUGCUUGGAGUGGUGAGGUGCGACUUCGGUUGGUGGGGUUCGGGGUUGGCAUCCCUCUCUGGAAGUUAUGAUGUUGUAGAGUGGCUUAUAGGUGGGAGGGAGGGUGUUAGGGAUUGUGUGGGGCCUGAAGGGUGACCUUCUGGCGAUAUGAGUAGCCUGUCUUGGUUGGCCAGGACGGGUGUUUAGCUACGCUCUUGGGCCCCUUCCAGUGUGACGAGAUGGGAACAAAAGGAACAGUAAACAACUAACAAAGAAGAGAACAGUCUAUUACAGUUUUGGAGCCAGUCCGCCGAGCCUUCCCCCACGCCUCGGUCUGUCCUGGGCGUAGAUCCGCAGGUGAGGACAACUGGUGUGAGGCGCGUGGGAAGGCUCCCAUCAGUGACACCAAAAGAUACGUUAUUAAAAAAACAGAAAUUGCAUCACUAAGUACAAUGAGUUAUACAGGGUCCAUGUGGGAUACAUCGUAUUCGAUUGUAAACGUUCAACACUGUAUUAAGGUAGUAGGGGAGAUGGUGCCCCUACAGCAGUUGCCUCGCUGGAAGCGGUUAAAAGGGACCCUGGGGCCGAAAGGCUUACAUCACAAUGGUGCAUGCAAAGAUAUUUCAUUAAUACAUUAGAACGUUAAAAUUUUGUAGGGUACAUAAUAUGGAGCAUAGUGGGAGUAAGGGUAGGCGGAGGGGAUAGGAUUGGAGUGGGUUGCAUAGCAUCUUACGUGUCCCUGGUCGUGGUGGCGGAGCACAUGAGCACUCGUAGGGUCCGUGUGGGUGGCGGACCGGUGUCAGAUGAGUAAACCGGGAGGGUAGUCAAUCAGUCCCGUCACAGGGUCCGCAUGGGAUGUGCCAAUGGGAGAGGGCACUGCUGGGAGUGUCGAGGCCGGAGAAGACGUGUCAGAGAUGGUCUUUGCGUGUAGAAAGUUCAUUUAGAAGGGUAGUGAUGAGGAAUAGCAUGAAGUCGGUUCAGUGAUGGCGGUCCACAAUCUGGGCGAGCUGAAGGACUUUAGUGGCGAUUUUGUGUGCAUGUAGGUGGGCUGGAGCUUGGCGAGUUAUCUGGUCGGUCAUUCCUCCUCUUCCUUCCCGGGGUUUGCCACCUUUGUCUCUGUUGCAGUGGGGCUGAUGGAGCUGUCGGCAUGACACCGUACCAGUCGGGGAUUUGGAUGUCUGGAAGGUCUAGAGCUCUUGUGAAUAUCCGAAUGUCUUGUGCUGAUGCCAGUGAGUGCGUUUUGCCAUUGUGUGUGGCAAUGAGAGCGAGGGGGAACCCCCAUCUGUAUCGAAUAUUCCUGGCUCUUAGCGCUUCUGUGAGAGGGCGCAGUGUGCGGCGUGCUUGAAAUGUGUGCCAGCAGAGGUCAGGGAAGAUUUGGAUGGGGUCAUUCCGAUAUAGUAGCGGUUGUGAGGUUUGUCGCAGGGCUCUAAGUAUUUCUUCUUUUGUGGAGAAAUAGUGUACCCUGCAUACCACAUCACGCGGCUGGUCUCUCUGGGUACCGCGAGGCUUUAAGGCCCUGUGCGCCCUGUCCAACAGGAUCGGUGUGUCCUCCGUUUGACCCAGGAUGCGGUUAAACAUGUCGGCUAACGUGGCAUGGAGGUCUUCUUGGUCUUGUUCGGGCAGCCCUUUGAUUCUCAGGUUGUUCCUGCGUCCUCGGUUGUCAAUGUCAUCUAUUAUUCUGUGCAUGGCAGAUAAAUGCAUUGUGUGUGAUUGAAUUGUAUCCUGCAUGUGUUGCAUUUGUGAGGUCAGUAAGUCUCUAUCGUCUUCCAGGGUGUUUACCUUCUCUUUCACUUGGCGGAUAUCAGAUCCCAGGGAUUCCAGUUUGGUCUGGAACGAUACCUCCAGCCUGUCUAGCAUGGCGGCGAUGUCUGCCUUGGAUGGCAGGUUGCGCAGCACUUCUUUCAGGCCACUAUCUGGUUGGUAUUGUGAGGCAUCUGAGCCCUCCGGGCUCGAAGGGGCUGAGCCGUCGUGCGGGGAUUCCGGCGCCAUAUUGGGCCUAGCGCGCCGGCUUGGUGGUCCGCAUUAUCGCGGAAAAAUUUCGUGAGCGCCCCGGAUUUGGUUACCGGCUGCUUAGAGGUGGUGUGCUGGGCAGUGGAGGCUCUUUUUGGGUGGCCCAUCGUGUUGUUUGUGCCCGAUGUUAGCGGAUUCCCGGUCGGCUCGGACGGAGCUCACUCAGAACACGUCCAUGCGAUAGCGCGGCAAGCUCCGCCCCCUCCAUUGCCAUUUUGUGACCUCUUCCUCCAAGAGAGGUCAGCAACGUGCGUGUGGGGGCAGAGCUUUGCACUGGAGGCGGAGCUUCUGUUCAGGAGGUGGGGCUUGCAUUUAGAGGCGGGGCAUGCAGACUAAAUUUAGGUAAAUAGUGCAGGGAGAUUGACAGGUCUCCCUCCAGCUGCGGGCAGCCUAAUUGCGUCUGCAGCAGCCCCCAGCUCCUCCUUCUUUACUCCCCUCAAACUGACACAGGCUGGCACAGUCCAAGGGGAAAAUGAUUUAAAUUACAGUAGCCUCAUGAUCUGGGUUGUCUGCCUGGUCCCAGGUGCCGCGGCCAACCAGGAAAUUUCCCAGUACCCCGGUGGGCCAGUCCGGCCCUGCCCGUCUCUGUCCUGGAAAGAUUAGUAGUUAUGAAAUUGUAACCCCAACCCUAACACUAAACAUUAAUCUAUACACUGUACUAACACUAAAUAUUAACCCCAAACUCUUUAUUAAAUAUUUGUUUUCUUUUUAAAAGGAGUAUCGCAGCUGCGGACCAUGAACCGACUGAUGCACGGAAGUCCUUCCCUUGCUUUGACGAACCCAACAAAAAAGCAACAUAUACCAUAACCAUCAUUCAUGAGAAAGAGUAUAAUGCAUUGUCAAAUAUGCCAAUACAGGUAUGCAAAAUAUCAAAACUAAAAAUUGAUGUACAGUGGAACUUCAGAACUUGAACUUUGAUCCGUUCCAGAAGGCUGUUUGAGAACCGAUUUUUUCGAAAACCAAAUCAAAAUUUAAAUGAAUGUAAAUUAGAUUAAUCCGUUCCAGACCCCCAAAAUAACAGAAUUUUAACACAAACUUUACAGUUUAAUAAUACCUUACGUGCAUAAAAUCAUACAGAAAACCAAUAAAUACAAUGUAAAUGAAAUAAAAAUGUAACUUCACUUUACCUGUCAGCUCUGCUUGCUGACAGAAUGGGGCUGUUUGCUGACUAAUAGAGCUCUGUUCGCUGACAGAAUGGAGCUCUGUUCGCAGACAGAAUGGAGCUCUGUUCGCUUUGUCUAGUGCUAGGAGGCCGAUGCGUCAUACCAACGAGGUUCAAAAGCAGUACCAGUGAGGUUAGUGCUGUGUGAUUUUGUUCUAAUACCGAGUUUUGUUCUGAUACCGAGUUUUGUUCAAAUCUUUUGUUUGAAUAUCAAAUUGUUCGAGUAAGGGCACGUUUCAGAACCGAGGUUCCACUGUAUAUAGAGUUAAACAAACACUCCAGGCACUAUAAUAACUUAAUCAAAAUGAAGUUUUUAUGGUGCCAGGAGGUCGUUAGCACUGUCUCACCUUAAGGGGUUAAACUAAGAAGAGUUUAACCCCAAAACCUAACUUCUGAAUGUUUCUUUUCAAGUCAGUUUUAUGAAUGGGGAGUCACUGAUUGGCUGAGAGCAUCAGCUUACUGCUCUCAGCCAAUCAGCAGUUACGCUGCGCACUUCUGCAAGAGCCUUUUGAUUUUAAGAAAAAAGGAAGACAGAGACGCAGGGAGAUUCGUCAUCGGAACACGUGUUUUCUGUAUUUUGUGUGUGUGUGUGUAUAUAUAGUGCACACAGUGCAUUAUGGGAAAAUAUCUAUGAUACUUAUACAGAAUAUGUAUUACCCUAUAGAACAAUGGUGCCCAUUUUCUGUAUUAUUUUUCACACUCUAUUUGGAUCUGUUGGAUCUGUGUAGUACCUGUUCUGGAAUUGCUUUAACCCCUGCAUCACAGGUCAUGUUUAAAUAGCAUUUGUCAUUUCAUUCAAAAAAGCUUAAGACUCAAUACAAAAAUUAUUAUUUAUAUAGUGCCAACAUAUUCUGUCAUGUUGUACAAUAGCUAAAUACAGAAAGAGUAGUUAAAGAGGGCCCUGCCCAAACAUGUUUACAAUCUCAAAGGGAAUGACAUUAAAGGUAUGCAAGGUUUACCAUUGCUUCUAUGAGACAGUAUUCUCAAACAAAAACAAUAAUUCUUACUCUCAUUCUAGGUAUAAUCAUUUUGUUGUUUAUUGUGAAUCUUAAUUUAUAUAUGAUCAAUUGUUAAGCUGCUGAACCCCUAAAUAUCCCCUUUCUAUAAAUGUUAACUGCUUAAUAAUUAUUAAAUAAUGUUAAUAAUAAUAAACGUGUAAUAUUGGGCUAAUUAUUUUCUUUAGGCGACUGAGGAUCUUGGAAACGGAUGGAACAAAACCGUGUUUAUGAAAUCAGUUCCCAUGAGCACCUAUUUGGUGUGUUUUGCAGUACAUCAGUUCACAUAUUUAGAAGAAAUAUCGAAACGGGGGAUUCCUGUAAGUUACAAUUUUUGAUCAUGCAGUCCAAAUAAAAGGUUCUAUAGAAUAAUAAUUUGCUAUUUAUAUUGCACAUAUGCUAUGUGAACCUGAAAUAGAGUUGCUGUGGAAAUUAAUUAGAAAAGGUGUAUUUUUUCUUGACACACUUACAAGUCACGAAACUGUAAAUGCUAUCUGAUGGUCUGUAUCAAUGCAAGCUAAUGUAAGUAGCAUACAGAUGUUGACCAUGGAAACCUAUUAGCAUUUUAUACCUACCCAGCUGUGGGUAUUACAUCGCCCAUAGGCAUGAUGAGGCUCAGGGGAAACCGGGGAGCUAUUCUUAACAAUAACAAUUCUAGGUGGCUCUCCUAUGUUAAUGCAUCUCUACUAGUAAAUGCCUCUGCCUGCAGGCUAUACAUUCAUACCUUCUUAUAUCCAGCCAUCUGUCAUAUGCAGUCUUGCUUUUCUAUAUUUUUUUACAUUAUUUUAUAUAUAAUUUUUGUAAACAUAUUUAUAUUGACAUUUUUUUUGUUUAAUUUUUUAAACAUUUUAGUCGUAAAGUAAACAUAAAUAAACCAUAGAGAAUGUGACGCGCAGGUCCGCAGUAGUUAUGUCAGACAUAAAUGAUAAAUUAAAGCAGUUAUCACAAAAAAAGCAAUAUAGUUUCCUUAUUAGGAGACUUGCACGUCCCAAACCAUAAGAGAAAGGGACUCGCAGGUCCCUUAAUAAUCAGCAGGGAAAAGGAACAUUGGAUCAAUGAGAGGUAAAACAGAAUGCAAACGACAUUGUCACUUCAGACUUAAUCUCACGCAGGGCAACAGAUUGUAAUAACGUGAUAUAUAUCCCAUUGCCUUAAAGAAGGAGAGAAAGAAAAAAAGAAGAAUGGGGGGGAAAGAAGGGGGAAAGGGGGAAAGAAAGAGUCAACAUGCUCAGUCUCCAGCGAUAAUGCUGACAAGGUUCGUUCUUUGUUGUAGACAGGGAAGGCGAAGUCCUCACUGGCUGUGGUCAGCAGUCAAUGGGACCAUUAUUUUAUAAAUAAAAAAACUUUAUGUACAAUUCUUAUUUUGUGGCGAUAAAUACAUUUACUUUUUUUUUUAACUUUGUAGUGUCUUUGUUAUACUAAAAAUAUCAUACAUUAAAGUUUUAACACUUUAGGGAGACUACGUUGCCUUCUCUUGUUUUACAUAUAAUAGAGAAUCAUUUAGAAACUAAUUUCAGAAAAUUCUAUAAUAUAGGUGUUUUUUUUACCUUGAUUAUACACUUAAUCAUAAACUUGAAACAUAAUAUGUUUAACACAUUGUCAUUUUCUUUUUUUAAUAUAUACCAUUUUUUUCAGUUACAAUUAAGUGUAUUUUACAAACUACAAACCAAUUUUAUAACCGCAAUGGGUAAACAUGCCUUUGCAUGACCUGUUUGAUCUGUUUGCUAGAUUGUAAUGGGUUUAUAUUGUCUUUUUCCAGCUAAGAAUUUAUGUACAACCCGAACAGAAACAUACCGCUGAAUAUGCUGCUAAUGUCACUAAAAUUAUAUUUGACUUUUUUGAAGAUUAUUUCAACAUGUCCUAUUCAUUACCAAAGUUGGGUAUGUAUUCAGGUUUAUUGCAUACACACAAUAAUAGUUUAAAUUAGUGUAAUGACUUUACAGUGGUCUGCUAAGAAAUAAAAUAUAGGAAGUAUUUUAAAGCUCACCCAUCACUAUUAGCCGCUAGGUUAAACAUCUGUGAGAUUGACAGGUGCUUACUUUAAUGAAGGGAAUCCAGUGAGGGUUCCCACAUACCUCUCACCUAUUGCUAGAAGGCUAUGUGUUAAAAAAUAAACAGCCAGCAGUUAAACUGAUGUUAAGUUUUGAGUAACAAACCAAGCGAGACACUAAUGAAAAAAUGUUAGCUGCAACUUAACCCUCAAACCUUGAUGUCAACUUCUGGUUAAUACAUAACACCCUAUACAUUCUAUAGAAAAAAUGUUAGCUUUAUGACAUUGCACUGGCACCCUAAAACACGUUUUAAGAAAAUAUAGCAUUAGUCUUUUUAUAAGUAUAAAGUUAUUGCCUGAAUGACUGCCACUAGAGGUGUUACAAGGCAGUAAUGUAAAUACCGCAUUUUCUCUGAAAAACACUGCCUUUUGUCAGAAAAGGCAGUGUUUACCAUAAAAUGCUUGCAAUCACUGACUAUACUCACCAGAACAAAUACAUUAAGCUGUAGUUGUUCUGGUGACUAUAGGGUCCCUUUGAAGAAAUAAAUCAUAAAUCACAUAGCAAGUAUUAACCUCAAACGUUUCAUAGACAUGCAUCUGGGACAGCACAAAAUGGCUAAAUCAUGAGCAGUCGUUAUCUCUGUGACCAGACAUUAUUGGCGGUCAGCUGGUAAAAAACAGCAACAAGGAUGAAAACCAGUUAGUAAUUAGUAGCCACUACUAGUUAUCAACUAUUGUUAAUAACAACCACUUACGGAAGCUAUUUACUGACAAGAAUAGAAAUUAGCUUUUAAUAUAUUUUACUGAUUCACAUUCCCUAACUGACUGUUUAGAAUGCAUCCACAGCAUUGACAACUGUAGUUCGUGUUUUUUUUUAUUUUUGUGUGUGUGUGUCUAUAAUUUCUUUGUAUUAAUUUCCAACAAAGAUCAAAUAGCAAUACCUGAUUUUGGCACUGGAGCAAUGGAGAACUGGGGACUGAUCACAUAUCGUGAAACCAAUCUUCUUUAUGAUCCUAAUGAAUCUGCCACUACAAAUAAACAGAGAGUCGCAGCUGUAAUUGCUCAUGAACUCACACAUCAGGUAAACAUAUCACAUUCCAGGUUAUACAAUGCUGUUUUGGUGAAUGCAUAGUUGCCACAUGUGUGUCUUGUACAAUUAUUUUUUAUUUGUUUCAUAUUCUACUUAAUUAGCUAUGUAUGUUUUAUAUUUAUUAACAGUGUAGCUGUAUGCAUAUUUGUAGUAUUCUAUUAAAGGGACCUUAGAGCCCCCAGAACAACUACUGCUCAUUCUAGUUGUUCUGAUAAGUAUAGACAGUCCCUGCAGGCAUUUUCAUGUAAACACUGCCUUUUCAUAGAAAAGAUGGCCACUAGAGGUGCUUCCUGGGGCAGUGCUGCUGACAUUCAGCAUCUCCAUCCUCUGCAUGUAGAUAAUUAACCUUGUUUAUAGAGAUGCAUUGAUUCAAUGCAUCACUAUGAGAAGGUGGUGAUUGGCCAAGUUGGCAUUUGGACCCUUCCCUUCCCACCUCCUUGCCUAAUGGAAAGCAUUGGAUUGGCUGAAAUCAUCAAUUCUGAUGAUGUCAGCAAGGAGGCAGAUCAGGGGUGGGGGAUGUGAACCCGCAAGGCUCUUGAAAUAAGGUAUGUUUUAUUACGUUUUAAGGGAGGAAAGCGUGCAGCAAGCCACCUAAAUGGUGAUUUUAACACUAUAGUGUCAGGAAUACAUGUGUGUGUUCCUGACCCUAUAGUGUUCCUUUAAAUAAAUCUAAAAUAGUCUAUUUGUGCUAUGGUUUAACAUGGUUAUAGAAACUGAUCUACAUCAUUUGAAUCUUCAGCAACAUAUACUGAAUAAAACUCCCUUUCCUCAAAAAAUAUGUGCAUUAAAUACAAUAUAGGUUUGUAUGGCCUGGGGCAAGGCUACCAUUUGCUAGAACUGCUGGUCUCCUAUAGUGUCCCUCAAAGUAUGUUCUAAGCAAAUAUUGUCCCUUUAUUAUUAUUUUUAUUGCCAUUUAUAUAGCGCCAACAGAUUCCGUAGUGCUUUACAAUAUUAUGAGAGGGGGGAUGUACGGUAACUAUAAAUAGGACAAUUACAAGAAAACUUACAGGAACAAUAGGUUGAAGAGGACCCUGCUCAAACGAGUUUACAGUCUAUAGGAGGUGGGGUAUCAGACACGUUAUCAGUGUAUCUUGUACUAAUUUAAACUAUUAUGUAAUCUAAUCUUUUACUGUAUUCUUAAGAAAAGGUCAAUUGUAUUAUAUCAAUAUACAAUAUACACUACUCCUGGGCUGUAGCAAUGACCAUAGUACAUAUUAUAAACAUACAAAAUAGGUGGAGUAUCUUGGUUCCUGGGUACAAGAUCUGGAAUAAUGGCAAUAAUACAAUGGGAUAGCUGAAAAGACAAAAAAAUUUGACAAGCACCUAGUGCAAUAUCAUACAGUACAUAGGUAGCUCAAUGUAAUUUGUGUGAUUUAGUACGCACAAGUACACAUUAGCCACAAUAUAUAUUAUAAAAACCAAAGAAAAUAGUUACUUGUGCACUACCACAAUCCCUAUGUGUAUUAUAUUGUGUAGAUAUAGCACAAAAAUAUUUUUAGGACAUUGACCCCAAAUUCAUUGUCCAUGUGGAAAAUAUAUCUGAACCUCUAGAAUAAUCAGUUAAUAAAUGUUUUUUUUCCAAACAAAGAUGACAUGUCUUACCUCAAUCCCCCUGCAAUACAUAUUUAGGCAAGAAACAAUAGGCGAUUGUUUACAAUUUCUUUGAAUACUUCAGGAUUAAUAUCUAUAUUAUUUUAUGCCGUUUGAGAGUAACUGAGUAAUACUAUAGUGCUGGGUCAAAAUGUUUCAUAGAGACAUAAAAACAAUAUAUUUUUGUUAUCAGUUUAGUCAGACUAAUAGGAUAAUAAAUAUUAUUCUUUAUAUUUCCCAGAUUUUCUUUCACUAGAGUUCCUGAAUGAAAUGAUGAUUUUGACUGAUAAUAAUUAUGACAUGUGGGGACACUCUUUUUUUAAACAAUCAAUAAUAACCAUACCUGAGGUACCCAGGUCUGUCCUAAGCCACAAUGGGUUUGCAAGUGAUCCCUGCACUUGUUGGACUGCACAUUAAUCUCUGAGAGUCACAGUGUUCUUUAGCUCUUCCUAGUAGUCAACUUACUCAUGAGCUCUUGAGUACGUUCUACUAAUUUUCAUAGCAGAUUUUUGUUCCUGACAAAAAGAAAUGCUUUCUGUCUCAUAAUAGAAAUAGGGGAAUGUAUGGAUCAUUUUCUCAUUAAUGUUUUAAAAUAUGUUAUUAACAUAACUGUCUUUGUAUUGCUUAAUUGUAGUGGUUUGGAAAUAUUGUGACAAUGGACUGGUGGGACGACUUGUGGCUGAAUGAAGGAUUUGCCAGCUUUUUUGAAUAUUUUGGUGUGAAUGAAGCUGAACCCACUUGGAACAUGGUAAUUAUUUGCUUACGUCUACCUGAUUUGGAUAUAUUUCAGUAGGUAAAAAAAAUACUUGGCCCUGCUACACAAACAAGCAGCCCACAGCAGUCCAGUAGCCCGAGACGCAAUAAGCACCCACAACACAUACCAGCUCAAUACCUCAACACACACAGCCCUAGGAACGGGUUGAGCGCACGCGGCGCAGGCAAACUCCACUAUAGAUGCGAUAAAAAAGCGCUGCAACAUGUGACAAGCCCUAAAACAAGCAUCAGAAUACGCACCACACUCAUCAAACAACACACACACCAGCCAGACCAUACACAGCACGCACACUAUGAUAGCUAAUAAUUAUAUUACAUUAUAUAGUUAAAAGUAAAAUACUCGAACCGCCUCUGCGCAGGCACCUAAACGACACAUCUGCUGCAAUGUGAAACGAGCCUCUGCGCAGGCAACGAAACGCUAUGAUAGAUACACAGUGACACAAGCCUCUGCGCAGGCAACUAAACGUUAUGUUAGAUGCAAUGAAAAAACGCCUCUGCGCAGGCAACUGAUUGUUCCGAUCACCGCAACGAGAAACACGCCUCUGCGCAGGCAACCGACUGUAAUGUUUAAAUACAAUCGUAAACCACGCUUAUGACAUGAUACCAAUAAAAAUAUUUAAAACAAACAAGCAGCCCAUCAUAUGCAAAUAACCAGGGGUAGUCCCAGCAUUAUCUCAGUUAAAGGACCAUAUUUUGCCUUUCAAAACGAUUUUAUUUAUAAGCAAUGAUAAUAUGGGUGUGAGACUGAGGGUCAUAAAAUACCUAUUCAGUAUAUGUAAAGGUGGUGUGUAAAGAUACCAGUUUAAAGGUGUAAGGACCCUGUUGAGAACAUCAGUCAUGUUGUUUCCUGAUAGACUGCUUCUACCACUUAGAUUCAUGUUUCCAUGUAGAAUAUUGUUGAGUAAAGAAAGGAGUAUCGUUUGUAAGCUUCCCUGCAGUGGUUGACAAUAAAGUUAUUUUGUGGCCCUGUGGCAUGUAAAACAGAUCGAAGUAGUCCAGCCCAGAAAUAUCAAAAAGAGAACUAAAUGGCCCGUAGUUGAGAUGUUAUAAAACUGAAUAAUUGACAAACAGCUCAAAGUGCCACGUUUGGAAAAGAUGGCAGGGCAUUGCAUGCACCUUUUCUGCAAUGAAGGUGCAAUGCAACUGUCAAAGAUCUCAAAGUCUCCCCAGUUAUUUUUAGUUUAAUUUUUUUUAUUAUUAUUAUUAUUGUUCGUUUCAAAGAGAAAUAAAUGCAUUGCAAAAAAUGUAAUCCAACUAAUAAUUAAAAAGAUAGAUUAGAUAGAUUGAUCUUACAUAAGCAAAUAUCAGAUUCAAUGCAACCCUAACUUUUUAUGCUUACUUUUCCAAAUGAUUUAGGUUGUUUUUAUCCUACAAAAAAUAACAUUCGUAUUUUAAUUGAUUGAACUGCUUUAAUCAGCAGAAUGGCCAUUUAAAAAAGUAAACUUUGUGUAGAUAUAUUUUUGUGACUAUGUUUUUAAACAAUAUUUCCCACGGUGUUUAAUCUACACUCUUUCUUUUUCAGCUUGAUCAGAUUCUAAUUGAUGACUUGUUACCUGUGAUGAAGGAUGACGCUUUACUGUCCUCUCAUCCAAUAAUUGUGACGGUUUCAACCCCUGCUGAAAUCACAUCGGUUUUUGAUGCCAUAUCCUACAAUAAGGUUAGAAAUAUUAACAUUUUAUUUCUAUAUGGCUUAGUAACAAUAGAGAUUUUUUUUAAGAUAUCAAGUAUGCUAACUUCUGAAACUUACAGUUUCAGUACCUAGCACAGGGAUCAGCAACCUUCGGCACUCCAGAUGUUGUGGACUACAUGGUCCAUGAUGGUUUGCCAGCAUUAUUGCUGUAAGAAGAUUAUGGGAGAUACUGACCUAGUAUAUCAAUGGUAUGAACCAAAAUCGAUGGUAAAAAAUGGAUGGAUAAACUGGUUACCAGUCGACGGGGGAGACCUACUGCGCAUGUGCGACAAUGGCCACGCUCGCAUAAGGAGUUCCUCAUAGGAAAGUAUUAUUCAAUGCUUUCCUUUGAGGAAAAUCUGACGCUGGAGGUCCUGAUGCAGAGCACGAGGUGCAGCGUCAGAUAAUGGAGCAAAAGUCUGUUUCAAUUCUGGAAGUCCCUCUAGUGGCUCUCUGGUAGACAGCAACUAGAGAAGUUAACCCUGCAAGGUAAUUAUUGAAAUUUCUUGGAAACUGCAAUAAUUACUAUUGCAGGGUUAAGGGACAUGUGACAACACACAAUUCCUAGCACACUUCAAUCACCUACAGUGUCCCUUUAAGAUAAAUGAAUACCUACCAGAAUUUAGUCAAUUUUAAAAUGUAAUUUUUAUAUAUAUACUAUACAUAUAUACAUACAUACAAACAAAAACAAAUAUACUUUUUCUUCCAGGGUGCAUCAAUUUUGAGAAUGCUUGAAGAGUGGAUUACUCCUGAAAAAUUUAAAAUAGGGUGUCAGGUAAGCAGAUUCGAUCUUUAUGUUUAUACAAAACAAAUGUAACUCAAAUUAAAAAAAUUUCUCUUAUCUGGGCAAAAUAAUUAUUGAUCUUAAUGUACCUAAAUGUUUAUAGUAGUCACCUUGGUUAUUGGCAAAAAACAUUUACAGUUCAACCAAAGCUCAGUAGAUUGUCAACGUGUUGAAAUGCCUCUAGAGUGGAAAUUUAAGUAAUUCAGUCUUAUUUACACUGAAUCGUGAAUUUGAUAAUCCAAACAUGGAGAGGAAACCGAACACUUAAAGAGCCUUGGACUAGGUGCUCCAGACCUGGGGCUGGCAAACACCCAUACAGCAAGUGAAGAAAAUGGUAUGGUCCAGGCACUCCAGGUAUAUCAUCAAGCAACUUAAUUGGAAAUAGAGAACAAGAAAUGCAACAUUAGAAAUGCUUAGUACUCUAGAGCUGUACUUGAUGCCUUCAGCUGAAUUUAUAGAGACCUAGAGACCUACUUUGGGAUUUGAAAAAAUGUAACCUUGUUGUAAUCUGUAUUUACUUUUUUUUUGUAAUUUGUCUAUAGAAAAAGUUUUCCAUAUACUUGAGUUUGUAUUUAGUUGCCAUUAAACCCUUUUUUACUUAUUUUAGAAUUACCUAAAAAAGUAUGAAUACAUGAAUGCUAAAACAGAUGAUUUCUGGGGUUCUCUGGCAGAGGUAAGAAAGAGCAAUUAACUGUAUGUUCUAAAGUUAGCCUUGGAAUAGGGAACCGCAAUUCAGAAUUAUUGACUUUUUUUUAGGCAAGUAAUGAACCAGUGAAAGAAGUGAUGGAUACCUGGACUAGACAGAUGGGCUAUCCUGUCCUUAAUGUGAACUCGAACACUGUAAUACAGAGACGCUUUCUCUUGGACUCAACAGCCAAUGAAGCUGAACCACCCUCUGAAUUCAAGUAUGUAUAUAGAGGUUUUCAUUUAUUUAAACAUUGUUGUAUUGUAAAUGUCAUUAUCCAUAGAUUUAAAGUGAAACGUUUAUAAUUAAAAACACCAACAAUUGCUGUGUCAUGCAAUACCUUGAAUAAAAAACAGAGAACCUCUGAUUUAUAACAGGUAUCCUCGCACAAUGAGAAAGUAAACAGGCUAGAUAGCUUAGCACAUAUGGAUGUAAAACAUUUUAAAUGUUAUUGUUCAUAGAGCAAACACGAUUUGGCAUUAGCUUGCAUACACCCACUCCAUCCUUCCCUUAAUGCAAUUGACAACACACAAUUCCUAGCACACUGAAGCAUUCUAAGAGUUGAAGAGCGCAACUAUGUAAUUUCAGGGCACAACUAAUAUUAAACAAAGUAUUUAACCAGGAAAAGUACAUUCAGAUGACUCUGGUUUUCAAGUACAUCAUGGGGAUGUUACUUUAGCCCAACAUCCAUGGGUUGUUAACACAAUUUAAUGGUACUCAUUUUAUCUACCUCGGAAGGAUGAAAGGCUGAGUCAAUUCUGCUGGGAUUUGAACUUGCAACCCAAGGGCUGAACAGAUUGCAUUAGCCCACUGAGCGAUCUCACCAGAUGUGUUUUGUUUUUCUCAGUAUUGUACAUUAUGCUAUUUUCCAUUUUAAAGUUUCUGGUGCUCAAACACAAAAUAAUAGAUCUAAAAUCUAUGUUAACUCUUUUCUGUUCUCUGCACCCUAAACAGCCAACCUUUGGGUUAUUAGUGUCAGUAUUUGAAACUGAUAUCCGUCACAACUAAAAAGAACAAAUGUCUUAAUGUUUUUAACUCUAAUUUGACUCAUUAUUUAUGAAAUUUUUACCUAGAAAUGUUUCUGUAUCUUUUAAGCUACGUGUGGAAUAUCCCAGUAACAUUCUAUGGAACUGCCAAUAGCGGCACUACACAUACCAUAUUGUACAACAAGUCUGUAUCUGCAGGUAAGUCCCAGGAUAUUUUACUAGUUGAUAAAUGACCCAGUAGAGUAACAUGUAUUCAGGUUCUUGGAAUUAAUAUGAAGUCAGAUUUCUGAUUGGUUAAUGUGAUUACCUGCCUAUUUCCAAAGAGAGGAUACCAAAAUGUAGUAGGCAAGAGGAGGUAUAUAAAAAACGUACUCACACACACAAUAAAUCUCCUCUUUUGACAUCUUACACAUAAUACUCAGCUGCAUCCAGACUCCUACACACACAAAAAUCAGCCAUCACACAUUUAACACUCACACUCACCCACCCCCUUACAGCUCUCAGUCUCUUCCACACUUACAACAUUUAGCAACUACACACACAAACACACAACACUCAACCUCCCACACACCUCUAUGCACAGAGCAGAGCCCAGGGCUCUAGGAGGGGUCACCAAUCUUUGCAAUCUUAAUGCAGCUCCCUAUGAAAUAGAGAACUAACCUUAACCUUAGUACUAUAGGCAUCAAAGCAACUUUACCUCAAAGAUGCAGUUUUGAUGUAUAGAUCACACUACUGCAAUCUCGCUGCUCAAUUGUCUGCCAUGUUUGAGUAAAAUCCCUUUGUUUCUGUCCAUACAGCACUAGCCACAGCUCUUCUGGCUGCAGCCUGCAUGAUAUAUAAUUGUUUCAUUUUCUAUCCUAUAUUAACUUAAUUUAGAAGUUUAUAUCUUCUGCUCUGUAAAUUGAACUCUAAUCACUUGGAGGAGGCACCCCAAGGUAUAAAAGGCUAUUGACAGAGCAGGACAUAAGAAAUUGUAAAUUAAACAGAAUGUGCAAUAUAUAGGAAAAUUCUUACCCACUAACAAAUUAAAUCCCCACUCAGCAGUUAGGACAGGAAGUAUCAAUUAACAGAUCUUAAUAAAUUCCCCUCCCUCUUUAGAAGCCUUAAUUUUAUUAUAAAGCCUCCACCAAAGGGGGGGUGUUGAUGCUGCUAUCUAAAUAGCCAGGAAAAGAAAAUUCCAGUGUUGGUAAGACAUAAUAUUUCCUGGCCAACAUGGCACUAAUGGGGAAUCCCCAAGCCAAGAAGGGAGUGAGAGAUAAGUGUACUGCAAGGAUUAUUUUCUUUUUUGUAUUGGAAGUGUUAUUAAGAGGCUAUGAAGGAUAGAACACUGGACCCAAACGUAAAAACUUUAUCCUUAGAAAUGUCUAGGCAGCUAUUCCUUGUGAAAGUAAAAUCUGAAGCCCUACAUUUUUUUCUGUGGGAACAGAUGUCCAAAAUUGUGCAAUUGCCCAGGUAGAGUGAAGACUGAUGAAUGGGGGAAUCCACAAUUUUUUCUAGAGUGGAUUUCUCAAUAGUCAACAAGAGUUAUUCAAUAAUUCAAACUCAACAUGUGUCUAUGUACUGGGAGUGGAUGUGUGUUUAUGUAUUAAGCAGGUUAUAUGUGUAUGUAUUAUGUAUGUGGAUGUGUGCAUGCAUUAGACAGUAUCUGUGUGUAUAUAUGAGAAGGUUUGUGUGUAUGUACUAGGCAGUGUGUAUGUAUUAGAAGGUUUGUAUGUAUGUAUUAGGCAGUGUGUAUGUAUUAGAAGGUUUGUAUGUAUGUAUUAGGCAGUGUGUAUGUAUUAGACAGUAUCUGUGAGUAUGUAUUAGAAGGUUUGUAUGUAUGUAUUAGGCAGUGUGUAUGUAUUAGAAGGUUUGUAUGUAUGUAUUAAACAGUGGGUAUGUAUUUGGUAGUGUGGGUGUGUGUGUGUAUGUGUGUCUGUGUCUGUGUGUAUUAAGCAGUUUACAUGUGUAUGUUUUGGGCAGUUUGUGUGUGUAUGUAUGUAUGCAUUAGGCAGUCUAUGUUUGUGAGUCUUGUUAAAGUGUAUAACAAAUUCAUACAAUUGGAUUACACUUCUACAAUGGCGACAAACUUUCACAAAAGGGAAACCCAAACAACGGCGAAGAAACCUCAUUGAUGAAGUGCACUCACUCAUUCACUAAACAGCAAUUUCAAGGGUCACAGACUGUUAAAGUUUAUUUAAAAAAUACCUUACCUAGGCUAAAAUAAUGGGGGCUUAUUUACAUUGUAUGAUCAUACAUUACACAAGCCUGCCAUAACACCAAUGUAGCCCAGUUUUAGCAGGUCCUAUUCUUGCAACCUAAUACCUGCACUUAUGAAAUGAAUCUACUUACUUGGAAAAUGCUUCCUCCUUGGACUCUCUACAGUAUAAGGCAGUGAUGGCGAACCUUUUUGAGCCCGAGUGCCCAAACCGCAAUACAUGCCAACAUUUUUUCUCCUUAAAGUGCCAACACGGCAAUUAAACCCAAAUACUGAGGUUUAAGUUUAGAAAAAAACAACUCGUACUGUUGUCCAAACUAAUAACUUUUGUUUUAAAAGAACACAGAGAGUUCAAUGAUACAAAUUUUAAAUAAUGAUAUAAAUAGAUAAAAUUAAGCUUAUAUUUAUUAGUAUCUCCAACAAAUGCAAUACAUACACAGACAGACUGCUGAAUACAUACACACAGUCUGCUGAAUACACACACACAAGACUGCUGAAUACAGAGACUGAUGACUACACAUACAGACUGCUGAGUACACACACACACACACACACACUGCUGAGUACACACACACACACACACAGACUGCUGAGUACACACACACAGACUACUGAAUACACACAUACUGCAUUGUGUGAGUGUUGUAUGUGAGGAGUGCUGUGUGUGUGUGUGGGGGGGGUGCUGUGUGUGUGUGUGGGGGGGUUGCUGUGUGUGUGUGUGCUAUAUGUGUAAGGGUGCUGCGGAGGGGUAGGGGUACUGUGUGUGGGGGGUAGGGGUACUGCUGGGAGGGUAGGGGUACUGUGUGUGGGGGUACUGCUGGGAGGGUUGGGGGUACUAUGUGGGGGUAGGGGUACUGUGUGUGGGGGGUAGGGGUACUGCUGGGAGGGUUGGGGGUACUGUGUGUGUGGGAGGGUAGGAGUACUGCUGUCCUCUCGGCGCAAUGCUGUGUGGGCGUUGCCACAUGGUAGCAGCGGCAGCGCUUCCACACAGCAUCAGCGAGAAGGACGAGAGCACUGCACAAACCCUGCCUCCCGACCCGGAAGCAGAGUAGGCGCCUGCCGUUUCGGGCAGACAGGCGCCUACUCUGCAUUGAUGGCGGACCUGUGGCCGCGUGCCCACAGAAAGGGCCCGGCGUGCCACCUGUGGCACGCGUGCCAGAGGUUCGCCAUCACUGGUAUAAGGUGUCACAGUCGCCUCAUUCCAGGGCUCUAUUAAACCUUGCACUGCAGAAAGUCCCAGGAGAAAGCAUUUCCCAAGUAAAUGGAUUGCUUUCAUAAGAGCGGGCAUUAGGUUGCUAGUAUAGGACCUGCCAAGAAUAAGCAUUGUGGGUGGCUUAUGCAAUGUAUGCCAUUACACAGGUACUCCUCACUUAACAACUUACCUGCAUAACGACUGCUCAGACAUACGACCAGCUCUCUAGCACAGAGAAUUUCCCGAAUCUGAGUCUCGGAAAUUCCCCCGAACAUAGAUUUGAGAGAUUCCCCAUGCUAGAGAGUAGUCUAUGUUCAAGGGAAUUCGCCGAACAUAGACCAGCUCUCUAGCGCAUGCAAGACUUGGAUGUCGUGCCAGUCCUUGCUUACAGACCAAUUCACUUGUUAUACGAACGGAACUCGGUCGGUAAGUGAGGAGUGCCUGUGUAUAGAGAGAGAGAGAGCGAGAGAGAGAGAAAGAGUUCGGUUUUUUUAUUUGUAUGAUUUUGCAGUGAAAAUUGUUUGUCCCUCCCUUAUGCCUGGUUUAAACAUAAGUUUAAACAUAAGAUCUCUCUAUACAGGAAGUGUUUAGGAAGACUACAGAGAGGUGUAAAUAGGGCUGCAUAAACAAAGUGAGUUAACUCCUAAAUGGCAGAGAGUUCAUCAAUGAGAGUGCAGCGGCAUGAUCUAUACACCCAAACUGCUUUAUUUUGCUAAAAUUGCUUUGGUGCCAGUAGUGUCCCUUUAAGUAUGUCGCAGUAAAAGCAAAAGGGCACAGAGAUGGCAUGAGUGAAAUGAAAUAUAAUAUAGGGCCAUGCAUCUUCCUUCCUUUCUUGCUUCUGUAAGAUGUAAGUGUUUAACAUAAGCACAUAACACCAGCCUGUACUUCAUAGCAAAUAUAUGAGUAAUAUAUAUUAUUUUAUGUACUGUUAUAUUUUUUUACACAGGAUUAGAGUUGAAGCCACAUGACCCUCUUACUGAUGGAUUCUUGAAAAUAAAUAAAAAGCACUUUGGGUUUUUCCGGGUAAAUUAUGACACUCACAAUUGGAAUGAACUGUCUAAUUUAUUACUGACCAACCAUACGGUAAGCAUCAAUAUAAACAAUAAACUGAUGAAAUGUUUAAACCAACUUUCAUUUUUUUACAAUAUACAAGAUUUUUUAUGAUAUAUAUUAAUAAAAGAAAACGCUGUCUGUUUUCAGGUUUUCACUGUUUAUAGUUGAGUAACACUAGUAAACACCAUUUUUAUACAGGUAUAACCAUCUGAUGUUUAUUAAGAAGCGUGCAUUUUCUGCCUAAUGGGGGGCCACAACACAUUUUGUUAUGGUGCGCAACUUUGGAUUUUUAUUUUUAUUUUUAAAUGUGGUCAGCUAUUGAAAAUUUAGCCACAAUUGAUCAUUUAUAUGUUAUGUAUCAAAAAGACUAAAACUUAAAGGAACACUCUAAGCAUCAUUUGCAAUAAAGCACGCAGUAGAAGUUAUGGUGCCAGAAGUUCUCUGAUGCCCCUGAUUGUAAGUAGUUACACCUCUACCUCUACUGCAGAAUUUUAAAUUAUUUGUCUUCCUAAUUACAGCCGUACUGUCCUCAUGCAAUCUUUAUUGGUGAAUUUCAUAAUGCCUAUUAAUAGCAUGAUUUCCCAUUUGAAGUUACCGCCGGUAUCAUAAUGCUGUUAAGAGGCAUUAUGUAAAUGCCUAUUAAAUGUAAUUUCAUUCUAACUGUAUUUUGUUAUUAAUAUAUAUAUAUAUAUAUAUAUAUAUAUGUAACAAAAUACACUUAGAAUGACAUUCUAUAUAUAUAUAUAUAUAUAUAUAUAUAUAUAUAUAUAUCUUUCUAUAUAUAAAAUACAAAUAACCGCAAGGGAAGUCAUUAAGUAAUGUGCCCCGGGGUGGCCAACAUUUCGCAUAGAUGAACGCAGUCCAGGGUGAGCAUCUGUAUCCCGAAAGGAGCCGCUUACCUUGCAGGGUUUCACACAGGAACAUUGCGAGUGGAGACUGGUUGAGUAAGGCACCACUGUGAGGGUCCCUGAGGUUGGUGUGGACACUUUUGGGGCACUGGCUAGGUUGGCGGGCUUUCCGAUACCUGCAGGACAAAGAGACCAGCUCUUUUCCCGUGGUCAGGCUUUUCUGUGCCUGGGAGACAAAGGGACAGUCCCUUUUUCCCGCGCCUGGACUCCCAGGCACAGAGGCUUCUGGGAAGAGGACCCUUGGCGGUUGGUGUGGGAAAUCCUGUGGUUUCAGUGGCGGCCUUUGGGGACAAAGGGAACGGAGUCACUUCCCACGCUAGGACCCCAGGGAGGGGGAGGAUCCUGGGAUGUGACCCCGUAUGAUUGUGUGGUAGACCUCUUGCAUCUGGUUAUGCAUAAAAGCCGUGUGUGGCCAAUAAAAUUGUGUUGUACCUCUAGAACUCGGUGUCGUCCAGUUACUGGGGGGGAAAUGGGUCUUUUAUCAUUAUAAGUGGUUCCUGAGUGGCUGAAGGAAGGAAUUAGCUGGGGUCCGUUGCAGUGUCACAUACAUCACAGAAAAGGUGGGGUAGGGAAGGAGGAACGAGACUAUCUAGGUACCUGUUAAUGCACUCGGAGCAUGCUAACAGUCCACAGGUUAGGGUGUGCAAUACUUGCCUUGUCUUAGGUGCUGGCGACCCAUGCUACACCACUGACUGCAGCAUAGUGAGACACGGAAUCCCUUGCUCAGGAGCUUACAUUAGCUCUCACAGACAAAGCCCUGUAUUCCAAGGCUAGCUUCAUUGCCUGAGUCUGUCAGUCGAUCGGUUUCACACAAUGAGCUAAGCCCUACAUUGGCUAUCUUAGCUCAGGGAAAACUGCAUCCAGCUCUUACCCAGGUGUUGUAGAGGUGAGGAGAUCCCCCCGGCAGACACCAGAUGAAAGGUUGAACUUCUCUAAAAUAGUUUGACUAGUUAGAAUUGGGGAUGCUAGGACACUACUGACACCAUAACUACUACAGAUUGCGGUAGUGGCUAUGGGGCUUGGGAUGUUCCUUUAACAAUCUUUUUUUUUUUUUCAAACAAACUUUACUUAUAUUUGAGAAUCCACUAUUUUAAAGCAUGUUGCAUCUUUACUUGAGGUGUAAGUAACAUUGUGGGCAAUUUAUUAAUUUUGUUUAUUUCUGUAGAUUUUUUCUGAAGGAGAUCGAGCAGGUAUAAUUGAUGAUGGUUUUGCUUUGGCAAGGUGGGUUAUAGAGCGUUUGCUCAUUUCAUUUUUCCCUUAAUUUUAUAACCUACAGGUAAGCUUCAUUGUGAAAUCAGUAUAUUUCUAUAAGUAAACAAGCCUUUAGAUGAAGUAUUUUCUAUAACUAAAAAGCAUUCAUUUCUGUCAGCACUUGUCUGUCAAAUUUCUAAUUCUGCUUAGUACAGAAUAUACUUAGUAUAUAAUAUAAUAAAUAUAACACUAGACCAGCAUUAAUGAAAUUCGUGAGAAAAUUCCAUAGCAUUAAAUCUUAACAAAAAGAGAAAUUGGAGAUUCUAUGGGCUUUCUGAAAUGACUCAAUAACUCUAAUGUAAAAUACCUUGGGAGAAUCUACUUUUGCAAACAGUAUGCCAUGAGCAGGUUAAACAGAAAUUCAAAAAUGACCAACAUCCUAGACAUAUGAAUCCUUUCCACAAUGAGGACAGAUAAAAUCAUCUAUUUUGAGAUAUUUUUUUCUAACUGCACUAUUGACUAGAAAUAUUUGCAAUAAUUUUGUUUUCCACUUUAAUAUUUCAUUUGUACUAAAUUUGUUAUGAAUAUAUAUGGGGUGUCCAAAGAAAGCCUGUUAUGUCCUUUAAGAAACCAUUAAUACAUAUUGGUGUAUUUUAUGAGAAAGUGUGAUAAUUGUAAAGAUAAUUGGUAGUCCACAAUGCUACAAUACUUGUUUGCUCUCCCCCCCCCCAUUCCCUGUACCCUCAAAAAAAAACAAAAAAACAUGGGGUGUGGAUUUCAGCGACCCUUAAUUUCUAAACUUAGAAAUAAAACAAUUAACAAUGACAUGGUCAGCAAAAGCAACAUGUCCUUUACUGCUACAUUCUGAGAAUUUCUGAAUGUAAUCAACAAUCCCAAGUUCUCUCUGUAAACACAGGACAGAUAGAAACCAAUUUUGAAACUGCCACAGACAAAGUUUGUAUAGAGGCCUUAGGGAGUGCGGAUGACCGAUUUCUCUCACAAUAGCACGUCAGAAGUUACAAAGUGCAGAAUCUGGCCUGGCAUUUCUUCCUCCUACUCAUUAAUGACACAAACGAGGCAGCAGACAGCUUCAAAACAACUGCAUAGGGUCAUUAAAAUAUUGGUAUUACACACCAGGCAAUUAUAAAUAUAGCUUUGCAGCUUCAUCUGUCACAAUAAUAACUUAAAUGCAGCUCUCCCAGGCCCAGCCAUUAAUAGUUUGCCUAUUAAUAUCUGCUUUCAAGAAGACAAUAACAUGGAGCCUACACAUUAGAGUUUCUUCCUUGCAUAUUAAACAACUAUACUUCUGUUCCUUGUCAUAGGAAAACAUACUGCUUGGGUCUUAGAGCCAAAUGAGCAUUGCCAGUCUUUGAAGAUGUUUGAAGAGCAGCAAGACACAUUAUUAUUAUUAUUAUUAUUAUUAUUAUUAUUAUGAACAGUACAUAGAUAUUUAAAUGUCUGUAAAAUAUGAAGUCAGGUGAGACUUUACAGUCUGUAGAAGCAAUGGCAAAUAUUCUUCAGUGGGGGAGAUAAAUACUGAGCAGUAAUCAAGUGCCCAGAUCUUUUCUCCAUCCUAGUCAGCUCUUCACAAUUUUUCUAUUUCACUGUCCACCUUCACCACUAGAGUUACCAGUCCUUUCCACAUACAGCUCUCGUUUCAUCUCUAGAGAAGCUCCAUACAACCCCUUUCUAUAUGAUCUCCAGAUUCUAUAUCAGCUCAGUUCAUUACUAAUGCUCUUUGCACUUCCUAUAAUUUAUGUAAAUCCCCGGUUGUCUAAUGUGUAGCGUUGUUCUUCAGGCGAGGAGUAAGCUUCACAUGGAAAUAUGCCAAUUGUUCGGUAGUGGUGCCUAAUACUGGCAAUAAAAAAUUGCACGACGUUAAAAUGAAGGGCUUGAUUAAUAGAAUUUCUGUGCGUAUGUGAAUUAUGCAAUUUAUCUCUUCCUGUCCACAGUGCUGAGAAGCUAGACUAUAACAUCACUUUAGACUUAACAAGAUACCUUGAGGGUGAAACAAAUUAUCUACCAUGGCAAAGGGCGUACUCAGGAUUAUCGUACCUAGAUAACAUGCUGGAAAGCUUUGACGAUAUCUACCCAAAAUUUCAGGUAAAAUUCAUAGCAAUUACCCCUGCAGAAAUGUAUCCGUUUCAUAGCUUAUAAUGCAGUACAUGUUGACUAAGCAUUGUAUCUUCUGUCCUUACCUGCCUCUCAUUCUACUUCCAUAAGCGUACCUGCAUAGACUCUUCUAACUAUGCACCUUGCUCUUCCCCUUUGCAGUCCAUGUACCCUAAGUUUGGUCCUUUGUCUAUUUUCAUUUUUUGGGAGAGGGGAAUUAGUUAGAAUCAGGGAUAGCUGACAUCACCAUCGAACAUGCUUAAAAAUAAUAAUAUAAUCUGGUGGGUUCAAUAUCCCCCAGAAGCAGAAUUUGAGAUUGUCGCUUGCAUUUACAUCAAUCUACAAGUGAUACUCGAAAAAUUAGAAUAUCGUGCAAAAAGUGAUUUAUUUCAGUAAUGCAACGUAAAAGGGGAAACUAAUAUAUGAGAUAGACGCAUUACAUGCAAAGCAAGAUAGUUCAAUCCAUGAUUUGUUCAUAAGUGCGAUGAUUAUGGUUUACAGCUCAUGAAAACCCCAAAUCCAUAAUCUCAGUAAAUUAGAAUAUUAUGAAAAGGUGCAAUAUUCUGGGCUCACAGUGUCCCACUCUAAUCAGCCAAAUAAGCCAUAACACCUGCAAAGGGAUUCUGGGCCUUUAAAUGGUCUCUGUCUGGUUCAGUAGGAAUCACAAUCAUGGGGAAGACUGCUGACCUGACAGUUGUGCAGAAAACCAUCACUGACACCCUCCAUGAGGAGGGAAAGCCUCAAAAGGUAAUUGCGAAGGAAGUUGGAUGAUCCCAAAGUGCUGUAUCAAAGCACAUUAAUAGAAAGUUAUGUGGAAGGGAAAAGUGGGGAAGAAAAAGGUGCACAUGCAGCAGGGGUGACCGCAGCCUGGUCAGGAAAAGGUCAUUCAAAAGUGUUGGGAACUUUCACAAGGAGUGGACUGAGGCUAGAGUCAGUGCAUCAAGAGCCACCACACACAGAUGGAUCCUGGACAUGGGCUUCAGAUGUCAUAUUCCUCUAGUCAAGCCGCUCCUGAACAACAAACAACGUCAGAAGCGUCUUACCUAGGCUAAAGAAAAACAGACCUGGUCUGUUGCUCAGUGGUCCAAAGUCCUCUUUUCUGAUGAGAGCAACUUUUGCAUCUCAUUUGGAAACCAAGGAGCCAGAGUCUGGAGGAAGAAUGGAGAGGCACACACUGCAAGUCCAGUGUGAAGUUUCCACAGUCUGUGUUGAUUUGGGGAGCCAUGUCAUCUGCUGGUGUUGGUCCACUGUGCUUCAUUAAGUCCAGGGUCAACACAGCCAUCUACCAGGAGAUUUUGAAGCACUUCAUGUUUCCUUCCGCAGACGAGCUUUAUGGGGAUGCUGACUUCAUUUUCCAGCAGGACUUGGCAUCUGCCAAGUCAGAGAAACUGCUAUGUUUACAUAUGGGUUAAUCCAGCCUCUAGUGGCUGUCUCAUUGACAGCCGCUAGAGGCGCUUCCAUGCUUCUCACUGUGAUUUCCACAGUGAGAAGACACCAGUGUCCAUAGGAAAGCAUUGAGAAUGCUUUCCUAUGAGACUGGCUGAAUGCGAGCGCUGGAAAAUAGGUAAGGGAUUAACCCCUUCCUCCCCUUUCAGCGCCACGGGCAUGGGACCCUGGGGGUGGGGGCUCCCUCAGGGCACUAUAGUGCCAGGAAAAUGAGUAUGUUUUCCUGGCACUAUAGUGAUCUUUUAAUGCAGUAAUUGCUGCAAAAGGGGCCCAAACAAAGUACUGAGUCCAUAUGCAUGCUAUCUUGCUUUGAAUGUAAUGCGUCUAUCUCAUAUAUUAGUUUCCCCUUUUACGUUGCAUUACUGAAAUAAAAGAACUUUUGCACGAUAUUCUAAUUUUCCGAGUAUCACCUGUACAACCUGCACCCCAACCCAGGACCAGGUAAAGAACAAAAUUUAGUUAACAUGAAUCACUGCGCACAGGAAAAGCGGUAACCAUUUGUUGGUUCUUGUCAUGUUGCACAUGGAUAAAUCUAAUUUUAUAAUAACAUUUUAAGUUUCAAAUUUGCUAUGUAAUAAAUUAGAUCCCUAAGAUUGAACCUGUCAACCACAAAUCACGUGUUCACAUUUAGGUAGGUACGGAGUUAAUUUGUUUAUUAUUCUACCAAAUAUGUAGAUCCAAAGAUAUACUUACCUGAAGAUUUAUUUAUCCUCAUCCAAUGUGGUGGCAGAAGGACAAGACAAACGUGCAUGUUGCUAUCACUCCGCAUCCCAACUAAUUGAUUGUUAGAGGGACAGUCGAAUGCACAGCUGUAAUCACUAUAGUCACUAUAUUUAUAGUCUUUUUUGUUAUCAUUGCAUGAUCUAGUCAUUUGACUAGCACAAUGUAUUCAUGUCAUUUUAAUCCAUUUCUAAAGGAUGCCAUGACAGCUGCACAUUAAAGGACCACUAUAGUGCCAGGAAAACAUACUUGUUUCCUGGCACUAUAGUGCCCUGAGGGUGCCCCCACACUCAGGGUCCCCCUCCCGCCAGGCUGGAUGGAGAGGAAGGGGUUAAACUUACCUCUUUCUCCAGCGCCGGGCGGGGAGCUCUCCUCCUCCUCUCCUCCUCCUCUCCGCCUCCUCUCCUCCUCUUCAGCUGAAUACGCAGGAGCCGCGCACGCAUUCAGCCAGUCCAUAGAAAAGCAUUCACAAUGCUUUCCUAUGGACGCAAGCGUCUUCUCACUGUGAAAAUCACAGUGAGAAGCGCGGAAGCCCUCUUGCGGCUGUCAAUGAGACAACCACUAGAGGCUGGAUUAACCCAUAGGUAAACAUAUGUUUAUGUUUACAGAAAAAAGGGUUAAACCUAUCUGGACCUGGCACCCAGACUACUUCAUUAAGCUGAAGUCUGGAUGGAUGCCUAUAGUGGUCCUUUAACUGACACCCAAAGGGUUUGUAUUCAUUAAAAGUGAUAGUUAUGGGUUGAAAACAAGUUGGCCAAGAACAGCUAGUCUGGUUAAAACUUUUUUUAGUGCCAGAUGAUCUUGAGAUUUUUUUUUUCUUUUAUGGGAAUGUUUUUAGUCAUUAUAUCAUUUAAUAUAUUGAACAUUUUCUUAUACGUAGGUGACUGGUAUUAUUUACAAAUAUUUAAAUAAAAAUGUACCUGUAGUUUCCUGAGCAAAAAAUGAUAGAUAGUAUGGGAGAAAAUACUAAAUAUGGAGCAAUAAACAAAAACAUUCAUCUGAUCUGUUGUGAUUGAGACAAAUUGUCAAACAUGUUGUUUGGAAAACUGUGAAAAUGAGUUCUGACCAAAUAUAGUUUUAUUAAUUUUAUCUAUUACUCGAUAUUAUUUUUAUGAUAUUUUUAUGUGUAGUUGAAAAUGUAAAACAUUGUAAUAAACCUUUGACGUGAUAAUAACCAGCCAUAUAAUAUAUUUUAGGAAUAUUUCCGUAAGCAAGUUAAGCCAAUUAGCAAUAAACUCGGAUGGAGUGAUAAUGGCACUGAUAUAGAGAAGUAAGUAUAUGUUCAUUAUAAAAUGGAAAAUACCCUGGUGUAAAGAAAUCUGAAACUUACUGUAUGUCACUCUAAUCUAGACUUCUACGAGCUUCUGUUCUGACACUUGCAUGCAGAAUGAAAGACAGAGAUGCCCUCAAUGAAGCAUCUAAACAGUUUCAGGAUUGGUUGCAUGGAAAAAGGUAAUCAAGGAUACAAUUAAAAAAAUAAGGGUUUCUAAUACAAUCUUUUUGUGUACACUGACUCUCCUCAAAAUAGUAAGAGGCCUACUCCUAUCUUUUUCUGUUAUUUUGGCCGCCUUGGAAAAUGUCCCAUACUACUCAGGCAUUUAGGAUACUUGGUUCUCUUAGACAGGAGCAAGACUAAGCACCAUCUGUUGGCUUAUAGAACAGGCUCAUUAAAUACUCUGCCCCAUAAAUCCCUGGUUGACCCACCUUGAAUUGGGUUCCCCUUGGACAAUGGGUAAAAGCUCAUCACCAGAAAGCAUGUAAAGUGAUAGGCUCUUAAAAUGCAUUUUUAUUUAAAUUUAUUCAUUUUUAUUCCAGCAUUCCAGUGAACCUGAGACAGUUGGUGUAUCGUUACGGAAUAAUGGAAUCUGGUAAUGCUACGUCUUGGGACUACAUGUUUAUGCAAUACCAAAAUACAACUUUAGCUCAGGAAAAAGAAAAACUUCUUCAGGGACUUGCAUCCAUAAAUGAUAUAACACUUAUAGACAGGUAAAGAAGCAAACUGGAGUUUUGGGAAAUGUGCCGUGCUGUCUGGGCUUUUCUUUGUUUAUAAAUGUGUUAACUAGUCAAAAUGCAUUGACAGCAGCUCUCACAAUAGAAACAAUGAUUAAACACACUAUUGUGAGAAGAAAAAUUACAUACUAGCUCAACAGAAUUCAAUAUCUCGUCUUUUUCUAUGGCUUAUAAUUAUAUCAGGUACACCUACUGUCUACAAAGUGAUAGUUGAUUAGAAAAUACACAAAAUAGUAAUUUUUUUGUGGGCUGACCAAGUUAUAUUUACAGCUAUUAAUUAAUUUGAAUAUAAAUCUUUAGUAGGUAAUGUGGGUCUGAAUACACAACAAAGUGUCAGUCUAAGGAUUUCACACAGAGUCUCCGGUGUUUCAUAUUCUUUCCGUUUGGUACCUAAGAAAUUUUAAUUUGAAGGAUUACUCUGAACUGUAGUGGUUAUGACACCAGGAGUACCCUGGAAGCAUUCCUUGGUAAUGGGAAAAACUAUUUUGUAAUGGUUAGCAUCUUACAUAAGUCCAUCUGGAUGCUGAGCCUCAGGGAUGGCAGCUGAUUAACCUUUUAUCUUUGCAGACCUUUAGCACUCUCAGAAUGAACCUCUGUGCACCGAAUAUGCACAGAAUUAACAUGAUGGCUGCUGAAAGUGGUGUUAUACCUCCGACAGCAACAUAAAAUGUCUUUGAAUGUGGACAGGUUUUUGAACCAUAAUCACUUCAAAAUACUUCAGUGGUCAUUACGCUUGGAGUAACCUUUGAAUGAUUCAAUAGCUAAUACAUUUAAGAAUUACUUUUAGGUCCAUUUGUCCUUUGUGGGAAUUUAUGAACAGGUCCCUUGUGAGGUCCCUAUUACCCUAAUCAUGGUUCUCAUCAUCUGAGAGUGGGCAGACGCCUACACAGUCACAUUGCAUAAAAAGGACUCAAAAACGGGCAGUGGUCGCCUUAAGUCCCAUAUUGUCUUUAAGAGUCUGUUUUAAUUUGUUACUGAUUUGCUACUGAAAAUCACAUAACAAAUCAGAGUACAAAAAGUACUAGCAAACUUGGUUGGUAAGACAACCAAAGGGCUUAGCACUAUAUAAUAUAUAUAGAACACAAUAAGGAGUUGCCCUAAACAAAAGGGGAUACUCAGUGGCAGUGUCCUAAAAAUAUUAAUACUGGCACUUUUCACACAGUGACAGCAUAAAAGUAAUAGUUGAGUAAAAGUUGAAGGGGCAGAGUGGGAUCCAUGAUCAUUACAUCCCACGGGACAUAACUCACAUUACUUUCUGUGAGAUCUCAAAUAUGUGCCAGGUAUCAUUGAUAUUACAAAUGAGAUGGUUGAAUGAACUGCUUAUUGUUUCAUCAGAGCACCCUCUAGGUUCUCUAGGUCUUAUGCGCAUAUACCUGACCCAACACCGUACAUGUCUUACAACAGCAAUCAAACCAGACAAGAGUGUAAGCCCAAAAAUCUCCUAUGAUGCUGCAAAUAAUAGCAGCUCCAUGGGAGAUAUUUGCAUCAAGAGAAUUAAUGUGACUCAGGAUCCAUGGUUUGUUAGAGACAUUUACAAAACUUUUGCCAGGACGAAGUAGAGAUAUUUAUAUAUAAAGUGAUAUUGUGUAAUUUUUACAAGUACACUGUAAUUUGACCUUUGUAUGUUUGAGAAUGUAGCAUUCAAUAUAUGCCGCUUGCUCAGGCUGAGUCUCAAUAUACAUCUGUGUUUAUCUUUAUUAAACUGGGUUAGUUAGUUAACAUUAAAUAUGUUCUUUUGUUUGUCUUGCCAGAUUCCUCUCAUACUUAUACAAUACCACCCUUAUAAAAAGUCAAGAUGCACUGAAUGUUAUAUAUUACAUAGCCGUAAACAGCAAACAUGGCAAACAAAUGGCUUGGGACUGGGUCCGAAUUAACUGGGAUUACUUAGUAAGCAGGUAUGUUUCAAGAUUUGGAUUUCUUUUACGGAACCUCUUGUGAUUUGUGGUCAAUAAUAAUAUUACAGUUCAUUCUUUCAAACACACGUUGGGUCCAUAGCACAAGGUAUAUAUAAUUAAUUUCCCCCUAGUACAAGCAUAUACAAAUUGCUCAAUUUAGUAUACGUUAAGGAACCACAGGUAAGUAGCACAUGUUCUGAACAGGCAUUUUCCAACAAAUUGAAUCCAUAUGUAAUAUGCCAAAGUAUCACAUGUAUUAAUCUAACCUAUGCCACUUUCAACCAGUGAGCUGUAGGGGAUUUUUUUGUAGAGUUUCAUAAUAUGGAAAAAAGAUGUCGGCAAUGAGUUACAUUCUUACAUGAUACCUGUCUAACUCAACUGUCAGGGCAUUAACUUAUAAAAGUUCCCUGCUGCUAUUUGUUGAAUUACCAGAGAUCAUUCAUAGUGGUCUAUGAUUUCAAGCUGGUGGUAUAACUGUUUCCAGUAAAUUUAAAAAUUAACUGAGUAAUCAUCAAAAGGUCCAAUUGGUGCAAAUCUUUAUUUUCUCUAUUAUGUAUUUUUAAAGCUCUAUGGUUUUUGUGUACUCUCAGUCUCAUUUGGGAAAAAUCCUCUUUGUCUGGGCAGCAGUGGCAUUUAUCUGAAUGCCAGUUUUUAAUUAAGAACCUGAUUGGGACUAAUGCCAAUGAUCAUUUUCAAGCCAAAUUACAGAAUAUUAAAAUUAAGAACACUACAAAAGCCAAGCCUCGUAUCUAUUCUGGAUCUGGUUUGAUAGUUUCAUUUUGGGACAUGUCUCCUGCCAGUCUGGGUUAUUUCUUUGUUAUCCUGGUUCUAAAUGAAAUGAAAAGCUAAAUAAUGAAAAGCUCAUACCUCACAACUUAUGUUACCAUGAAACUAGUAUGUGUUUUCAUCACGAUAAUACCGAUAGUGCUUAUACAGAAAUAGUAUUAGCAAUACAGCAAAUGAGGUGCCAGACCAUUUGUACCAAAAUGCUCAAAACCAAUUUCACACAAAACAAGGGGAUUGCACCACUAGUUUGAUAGCACCAUAAAUAUUACAAUGUGCUGUAGAAGAAUGUGUUGCCCAACUCAAUACAGUUGCAAGAAAAGGUAUGUGAACCCUUUGGAAUGAUAUGGAUUUUUGCAAAAAUUGGUCAUAAAAUGUGAUCUGAUCAUCAUCUAAGUCACAACAAUAGACAAUCACAGUCUGCUUAAACUAAUAACACACAAAGAAUGAAAUGUUGCCAUGUUUUUAUUGAACACACCAUGUAAACAUUCACAGUGCAGGUGGAAAAAGUAUGUGAACCCUUGGAUUUAAUAACUGGUUGAACCUCCUUUGGCAGCAAUAACUUCAACCAAACGUUUCCUGUAGUUGCAGAUCAGACAUGCACAACGGUCAGGAGUAAUUCUUGACCAUUCCUCUUUACAGAACUGUUUCAGUUCAGCAAUAUUCUUGGGAUAUCUGGUGUGAAUCGCUUUCUUGAGGUCAUGCCACAGCAUCUCAAUCGGGUUGAGGUCAGGACUCUGACUGGGCCACUUCAGAAGGCGUAUUUUCUUCUGUUUAAGCCAUUCUGUUGUUGAUUUACUUCUAUGCUUUGGGUCAUUGUCCUGUUGCAACACCCAUCUUCUGUUGAGCUUCAGCUGGUAGACAGAUGGCCUUAAGUUCUCCUGCAAAAUGUCUUGAUAAACUUUGGAAUUCAUUUUUCCUUCGAUGAUAGUAAUCCGUCCAGGCCCUGACACAGCAAAGCAGCCCCAAAUCAUGAUGCCCCCACCACCAUACUUCACAGUUGGGAUGAGGUUUAGAUGUUGGUGUGCUGUGCCUUUUUUUCGCCACACAGUGUUGUGUGUUUCUUCCAAACAACUCAACUUUGGUUUCAUCUAUCCACAGAAUAUUUUGCCAGUACUGCUGUGGAACAUCCAAGUGCUCUUGUUCAAACUGUAAACGUGCAGAAAUGUUUUGUUUGGACAGCAGUAGCUUCCUCUGUGGUAUCCUCCCAUGAAAUCCAUUCUUGUUUAGUGUUUUACGUAUUGUAGAUUCGCUAACAGGGAUGUUAGCAUUUGCCAGUGACUUUUGUAAGUCUUUAGCUGACACUCUAGGAUUCUUCUUCACCUCAGUGAGCAGUCUGCGCUGUGCUCUUGCAGUCAUCUUUACAGGAUGGCCACUCCUAGGGAGAGUGGCAGCAGUGCUGAACUUUCUCCAUUUAUAGACAAUUUGUCUUACCGUGGACUGAUGAACAGCAAGGCUUUUGGAGAUACUUUUAUAACCCUUUCCAGCUUUAUGCAAGUCAACAAUUCUUAAUCGUAGGUCUUCUGAGAGCUCUUUUGUGCGAGGCAUCAUUCACAUCAGGCAAUGCUUCUUGUGAAAAGCAAACCCAGAACUGGUGUGUGUUUUUAUAGGGCAGCUGUAACCAACACCUCCAAUCUCAUCUCAUUGAUUGGACUCCAGUUGGCUGACAUCUCACUCCAAUUAGCUCUUGGAGAUGUCAUUAGUCUAGGGGUUCACAUACUUUUCCCACCUGCACUGUGAAUGUUUACAUGGUGUGUUCAAUAAAAACAUGGCAACAUUUCAUUCUUUGUGUGUUAUUAGUUUAAACAGACUGUGAUUGUCUAUUGUUGUGACUUAGAUCACAUUUUAUGACCAAUUUGUGCAGAAAUCCAAAUCAUUCCAAAGGGUUCACAUACUUUUUCUUGCAACUAUAUACUCAAACAAUAAUAUCAGCAGCAACUGUCCUAAAGGAGAAUCACUGAACUAUAUCAGAAACAAGGAUUGUUAGAGAGUAAGAGAGAGAGAGAGAGACUGUGUGUGUGUGUGUGUGUGUGUGUGUGUGUGUGUGUGUGUGUGUGUGUGUGUGUGUGUGUGUGUGCGUGACAUUUUGUAAAAGAAAAAGAGAGAUAAUUUUAAAGAAAAUGUUUCUUUUUUGUUUGUUUUUAGAUACACUAUAAAUGACAGGAACCUUGGGCGCAUUGUCACAAGAAUAUCAGGAACCUUUAAUACACCUGUGCAAUUGUGGCAGGUAAGAGCAAUAUUUGGAACAACAGCGAUAAACAAAUAAUAAUCUCUAUUCCCUGACAUACAUGUUUUUCAUAUAUCCCAUCCAUUCCUCGUUUGAGACCCUAAGAGGUGGGCAUAGAGAAUGGCCCUUAUUGUAAUUCUAAGUAGUCUAAGAGUUUAACUUAAUGAAUCUUUUCAGAUGGAGAAUUUCUUUGCGAGAUAUCCCAACGCUGGUGCAGGAGAGACCCCAAGGAAACAGGCACUAGAAACUGUGAAUAACAAUAUUGCAUGGAUUGAGAUGAACAAAGAUGGGAUAAAGUCUUGGCUGGAUGCACAUUUUUCUCCUUAGUAAUAAUAGUCCCACGAAAAAGUACAAAAUAUAGGAAAUUCAGGGAGAAAAUAACACAUUCUUAAAAUACAUCUGUUGCGUAAUUCUCUUUAUUGGGGGUUUAUUCCUGUAACAGUAAAAAAAAAUGUUUCUACAUUGACUGGGGUGAAGAUUUAUUACCAGCUCAACUAAUUUGGCCAAAACUCAGCAUUUUGUGAAUAAAACCUUUUGUCUGAAAUUUGUAAAGAUGUAUAUUUUUAUUAGCACUGGAAAUAUUCUUCACUAUUCUAAGUUACGUCUAUUGAUCAUGAUCUAUAUGAUAUAAGAUUGUAUACCACAAAAAUGUUUUUAUUUGAUUGUCUAUAAAUUAUCAUUUAUUUAUCAUAGUUAAAUGGAGCAAGCAUUUUCGAAACACACCUGGUAAAAAGGUGCCAGAUCUGUUCUUAUUUCCCAUCAUCUGCCCUAAAGAUGCUGCUGUCACUCACUAUGAUGUCACACGUAGGAUGCAUGAAACCCCCGAAUUUCACAAUUAUGAAGGGGUUUGUGCUCUUCAUAACACAUUGAUAUGAAAAUAAUCGCACUUGUGUACAUUUACUUGUAUUGCAUCAUGUUUGCCAGUUUGUGAAAAAUAACACAUGCAAAACAAAGUUUCCAGAGUAAUAUCUGGUCAAUAAAUGCACCAUCUUCUUUAA